CCGGGUGCCGUCAGCAGACGCUGUACCGAUCCCGCGGCAACAGCACCGGUCUCGUCCGUCCCGCGGUUUUUUCGUGCAAUCCACCAGUGUGUCCGCGUCGAGUAGUCGCCCGGUAGUGUCCGUGCGCGUCCAGCAACCGUUUUCCAAGUCGAAAAAUAUUAUUGUCUUUCGGCGGGAAUUAGCAGUACGUUUUAAUUACGUUUGUUUUUUUGAUUCUCGCGUGUAUCGUAGACCGGAGGAAUAGUAUUGAAUAGCGAAAAAAUCCUAAACGUUCUCUUACUUGUGAUUUUUAAAUUAUUUUUCGGGAUCGUGUCGGUGAUUUCAAAAUGAAAUCUAUUAUCGCGUCCGGGAUUUUCUCUGUGCUUUUUUGUGGCUCGGCGUUUGCGGCGUUGAGCUUAAACGGCAACGACAAGACGGUCAUCGAUACGUUAGCAUGGACCUCCGAUUUUUCCGAGGUAAGUUUGGCGGUUACAAUCGCAUUCACUCAUAAUAUUAUCUACAAUAUUUUGCACUUUGCCGAAUGCGAUAUUUUAUCGGGAAUCGAUUAAUAUUAUUAAUCGGUGAAAUUCGUGCUAUCGUGGUAUCUAUCGCGAAUCUCUACUGUUAAUACUGUCAAACAGGUUUUUUUUUUUUCAAAUCAAUAGAUACUUACGUCCUGCUUACCGGUAAAAUACCAACUAUAUAGGUAGGUAUACUCGUACCUACUUACAAAUUAAUAUUUAUAGACGCGCCGAACGAGAAAUCGAAUUUUGUCGGUACAUAUAUAUAUUUUUUUCCAAAUGGACGAAGACCGUACCUACCGGUGGUCUCCCGGUUUUGAACGGUUAACGUCAAUAAUUUCAUUACCUCCUAAUUUACGAUAGGGGACUCCCUGCUCUACGCUACCGUAUAAUACAUUAAUAUAAUCAUGCGCGUCGUCGGGUUAUUAUAUUUUUCACAUACAUGUUCUAUUUUGUUUUUAUGUUACGGUCGCUUCCGCAAUUUGCGUAAUUUUCGCAUAGAUAUUACGCAACGGUAAUACGCGCGUCAUGUGUUAUAACCGUUAUAGGAAAAGUAAAAUAAUAUAAUUUAAGCCGCGGAUAAUUUUACCGAGCGAAGAUUAGGUAGGUGGGUAUCUGCAAAAUUACGAUUUUGAAUUGCGCCUUGCGGUCAUGACGUGUGACGACGACGGCGAAUUCGCGCGGACGGCCGGAAAUCGAAGGUACGGACCGAUUUGCACCGGGCCCCCCUCCUCACAACCACCGAAAAGAUCAUCCGUGUCGUAUAGGUAGCGUUUAAUAUGAAAAGAAAAAGAAACUGGGUAAAAGUGCUGUUGACGCAGCGGCGUCGGCGGUGCAGUACUUCGCCGGCGUGGAGACGCAAUAACCGGUAUUCGCCGUCACUGUGUGAAGGUAUACAAUAAUAUACAAUGCCCCCCCAAUGGACCGUGACCACCGGGCACAUAUAAUAUACCUACCUAUAUUUAUAGAUAGGUUGUUGUGUAGCCUCGGCCAGGUGUUUUUCGGUAAACGGAAAAAAAAAAAAAAAAUCAAAUUCAAAGUCUGUGUAGUAGGUCUCGUGUAUAGGUUUCUGAUGUUAUAUUAUUAUAUUGUAUAGGCGGCAGUGAGGUAGGUACCUGGGUACCUGUGGACACAAAAGACCUUCGCCAAAUCGUCGCCGCCCCUAAUACACGAGAGAUGGCGCGGUAACCGGAUCGUAUUUUACGCUCCAAAAAAAAAAAAAAAAAAACCCACCCCAUUGUUAUAUCUAUCCAUCUACCUACGUACCUACACAUAGCGACCUACCUAUACCUAUAAAUCCGACGUUAAAUUUUCAUCUCGGUUUUUACACGCGCAGGUAUUCGUUGUUGGUACGAAACGAUAAAAUCGAAUUGUAGAACGUAACGUUGGUGCGUUCGGAAUAUUUUGUCCAUCAUGGUUCGUUUAGUUUUUUUUUUUUUUAUUUAAUUAAACUACGUUACUUGCCUACGUGCCCGUCUCCCCCCCGCCCCCUUCCUCUGACUCAAACCGCUUCUAUUCCACUCACUCGCCCCUACGAUGUGCCGCGAUAAUUGACUAAUAAACGAAUGAAUUUGGAUGCUGCCGGUGAUGGUGUUAUUCUGUUGUGUAUUUGUUUCUCGGUCGUUUCUUAUCCGUAGCACUAAAAAAAAAAAUUAAAAAAUAUGUAAUACACAAGAUGGUUUUCAUGGUCAUCACGUCAUGUCUUUUUUCACCAACGUCUUACCGUUGAGUUUUUUUUCACCGUAUUUCAUGUUUAUUGUAUUUAUCCAAUGAUUAUUGGUAGUUUUUACUCGUAUUAUAAGUAUUGGCGAAACGGAUGCGCCAGAAGUAGUUUAUACAUUAUCUACAUGCAUUUAUUAUAAGGUAAUUUAUUUGUAUCCGUUUCCCCUCGAUGAAAUACCGUCUCCUCUCAUACCUACGGUUGUUGUACUACAUAGAUGGCCAAAACCAGUAUUGUAAAACAACCAAAGAAAAAUUAGGAAGUUUUCGACGUUAUUUACAUGUUUACGAUUUAGGUAAAAUUAUAAAGAUAUUAUUAAUAGAUCGGGGAUUUUAUACUAUACCCACUAUAGAUUAAUAAUAAUUGUAAAUGCGAAAGUGUGUUGGUUUAUCAUUCUUUCCCGUCGCAAUGAAACGACCGAGUGAAGUGAUAAUUCGUAUAAUAGGACUGACGGAGGACCGGGAAGUGUGACGCAGGUUACUUUUUAUCCCGGAAAAACAUCUUAUUCCGGAAUGAAAAUUAUUUGUGUUUAAUGAAUUAAUACCGGAAAAAAAAAUAAUACUGCGUCCGACGUCGACAUAGCUCGACGGUUUGACGGGAUCGUUUGCAUUGGGAUAGCUUUUUUUUUAUCUAGGGAAAUUAUCACUCAUUCGAGAUAUUAUCAGACAAUACAUAAAAAGUUAACGUGGUUUAACUAUCAGUACCUAUUUUACAUUAAUUUUAUUAUACGAGUGGAAAUGGAAAUAUUUGUUGCUAUUCACCUGCAUUUCCGUUCGGCGUUAUAUUUUAUGUUUUAUGAUUAAUGUAAUUCAAUAUUUUGAUAGUAAUAAAUGGCCGAAUAACGAUAAUAUUAAUGACAAUUUUAUUAUUGGUCCGUUACGACAUUAUCGAGUAGGUAUCAGCUACCACUUAUUACUAUGUUACGAUGUUUUGUUUCUACCGUAAUUAUACCGUAAAAUUUGACCGGGGAUUUUUUUUUUCAUAUAAAUAUUCCAUUGCUGCUAGUUACGGGGCCCGGUAGUGUUUCGUAAACAUUUAAUAUUUGUUUUUAAAAUUUCUCGGAUACUUUAAUGACUUUUAACUGAUAAUACGGUUACUCUACUGUCCGAUACCCAGUUAGAGGGGUUGAAGGGGAGCGCUAUUUAUUUUACGGAUAUGACUUUACGGGAAUAGAGAUAACUCGUCAUUUUAAUAUUAUAAGAUACCAUUUUUUAAUUACAACUACAGCUCACAUAGAUUUUGUAUUUGAUUCGAAUCAAUAGUAAAAAAAAAAAAAAAGCUUAAAAUUGACAUAUUAUAAAGUUUGAUAUUGAAAGACAAAGUUGCUUUUUCUAAAAAAAUAAAAAUGAAAUGAAUCAGUAAAAGGCAGACCGUUCCACCACGAGCCGUGAGAGUUUUUCCCGUAAGGCGUAUUUUUGAGCCGGAAAACGCACCGGGCCUCAUUAUAAAUUUUUUUUUUUAUUAUCUUUAUGACGUGUAAAAUAUUACUGUCCCUAACGAAAUCACUGUAAAUUGGCCAAAUAUACCAGCCGGCCGACUGCUGCGCCAGCUAUACUGCGUCCGAAAAUAUCGGUCUAUUGUUAAAGACGCGGGCGCAGGUGUUGCCCAGGUGACCACCUGGCUGCGAUAAUAUUUUUCUAUCCGGCGAUUCAACUCUUCUUUAUAUUUUAACGUCCAUGUGCGACAUUGACCUUGGUAGAUUAAAAUAAUAAUAAUAUGCGUGUACACUGGUUUUUAUUUUUUUUUUUUUGGGGGGGCGUCCCACGUAAAUUAAUAAUAAUAUUAUCGACUAAAAAAUAAUAAUAUUAUGCCUAAUAUCGACUGUUCAAAACAAGUCGCUCGAAUGUCUUAUCUACUUAUUAUAAUUAUGAGUAUAAUAUUUCUCUUCCAGUUACAUAUAUAACGUUAUACUUAUUAUACGAUAAUAAUGAUUGCUUUAGAUACUGUGUCGAUUUAGAUAACGACAACAUUAUGCCGAAAUACCCGGAGAAAUACCUACGUAAUCAGUAAUAACCUAACGUGAGUUUAGUGUCUAAUUAUAAAAUAUAACUUGUUUCAAAAUUUCGUCAGCUGUGGCACUACAGUCGCUAUAAUUGUACAAGUGCAUGUUCUAUGGUAUACUGUAUAGGCUAUAGUGUAUAGAUCCUAGACGAAUUACACAUUUUUACUAGUUUGGUUAAUGCCUUAAGAGGGCGUGAUACUCGCGUAUGUGUUGUUUCCGUCUUAUAGAUGUGAGAUCAAGACAAUUUGCGUUUAAUAAGGAGAAUACUGUGCUGUUAGAUUUACUGUUGUAAAUUUACCUAUUAUAAAACUUAAAGAUAAAAAAACUGCGUGUGCAACGCUACCGUUUUUUAUUUUUUCAAAAUUUUAAAUUAUAAGAUAGCAGGUAUUUGUUUGUGAAAUAUUCCUAUUUAAUACCUAAUACAAAUAUCUCACGUAAAAAUUGAAAUAUCCAAAAUAAAACGUCAACGUUAAAAAGAUAACGUUCUCAUCUUUAAGUUUGAUGAUAUGUCAAUUCACUCUAUUAUUAAAACUCAUAGCACAAAGUAGUCGUGGCUGACCGCAAAUUUACAUAAGACGGACAUAGUACAUGCGGGUAUCACGUAUAUUUCAUAAGUCACUAUAGCAGCGAUAUUUUUUUUGCUAAAAUAUGAAUUUCAUUUAGAAUAAUAUGAAGAUAAUGUAUCACACACUUUCAAUAUUUACGGGGUUACAUAUAGGCAAUUUUUACAACAUGUUUGUAACAUGCAAAUGAAAAUUGUUCUUCUUAAAAAUAUUCAAAUGCAGUUGCAAACAAAUUAAAAAGUGGCCCUGUGGAAGGGUGCCCGUGGGAGGUGAAAAUUCAGGGGGACAGCCUUAAUUUUUUAUUAAUAAUCAAACACUUAUUAAUGUAUUAUGUGUAUUUUCAAAAAUCGUUAAAUGUACUUAUUAUAAUAUAACAUUAAAUUGUACAGUAAUUAUAGUAACUAUAAUUGAACACAAAUUGUAAUUUUGUUCUUAAAUUCAUCAACAACUUUUUCGUUUAAAUUAGGUUUUUCGAUUUUUUAUCCAUGUGAACUUAACAUAUACAUAAUCCGGAUAAACGAUUUUCAUACAUUAGAUAACCGUAGGUCAGCUGUCCACAAAAAAUAUUCGCAAAUGAUCGGUUGUAGUGAUUGGUACCAACUACAAAUUAUAGGGCAUAAAUCAUAGUAUACUAUGAUAAUAAAUUAGCGAAAUUCUGUUAUUACGAAGUAUACUUACUGUCUAGGUACCAAUCUCAGUACUUUAUCUAUAUCAUACUUUAUCGUAGUGUGCUUAAUUUUUCGACAACAUUGUAUCCGACCCAAUAUCUUUAUUUAUUAUUAUUAUUAAAGAUGUUUGUAUGUUUUUAGGAGUUAAUCUUUGGAACUCGUGAUUUGAUUCUGAAGGUUCUUUCACUGAUAGAAAUCUACACUACCCCAAGUGACAGGCGAUUUAAUUUUUUUCUGUUCAAUAUUUUUCGUGUUUAAAGCCGUGUGGGACAGUUAAUUUUUUAAUAAUUAAAUGAAAAAACCGAUAGUUUACAAGUAAAAUUAAUAUGAUAAUGCUAUGAAAAAUAUUAUUCUUUAUGUAUUGUUAAAUUUUAGCAAUUUUAUACUACUUGUACAGCUAUACAUUUGGUGUGAGAAAAGUUGUCCCGCGUAAAACGGUUUUUACAGUUAAACGGGUGGUAGGUUUAUGACGUAUUCAUCUUAAUAGAGAAAUUCUACAAAAAUUAAUCUGGAAAGUUCGUAUUUUCGAGUAAUUUUAGUUGGUUGUUAAUAUUUUUUUAGUAUCAUUGUUGUAUUUUUUUUAUUGCAAGGCGGCAAUCGUGAUUCUGCAGAUUAUAAUAAUAUUCCGAGUUCAAAGUUACUUUAUUUUUCCGUCGUCUUUCUGUUCUUUCAUCGUGUUUUAUAUACUAAUAUAAUAAUAAUAAUAGCAUUAUCAUCAUCGCGGUGUAGUCCUGUGACACCUGAAUGGAACUUGUUGGGACAGCUCGAGGCGUUAUAGAUUAUAAUAUAAAUAUAGUGUAUACUGGUCUAAUUAUUGCUGUCAUCGUUCGUAUAAUAUUAUCUUUUCUGAACGUGCAUAUUAUGGUGUGUCGCCAUUGGGCAAACGAUAUAUUCAAAAUUUCUUAGGUAUAGAUUAUAAUAGUUUUAUAUAGGUAUACACAGAAGAAAUCGUGAACUUGCCCAUGCCUAACAUAGUCUGGAUAGUUGUUUAAAUUUUAGAAGUUUUAGAAUUUUUAUUUAAUCACAAUCUACAUAAUAAAUGAGUACACACAGUUUUUCGACUAUCAACUAUAUUUUAUUCUCUAUAAUACAGGUACCGAAUUGAAAAUAUGAUAAAUGGAAACAAACAAACUAUACUUCUGCGGGGAAAUGUGGAUAGGUAUUCAAUGGUGCAUAGUAGUUUUGUGGUUACUCGAGUGCAUUGGCCGGAAAACGAACGGACGAUUCCGAAUAUAAUAAUAAUAAUAAUUAUAUUGUUUUCUAGUGAUAUUAUUUUGGACAGUAGUUUAGGUAUACAAGACAUUAAACAUUAAAUUACGGUAUAGAGAGUUUAAGCAAAACGAAUUGGGUUUGUAAAUCCAUGUCCAAUAACCUCAUUUGUAUAAAAUUCUACCUAUAUACUUUAUAUUAUAUAAAAUAAUAUUUGUACCGGGUUUUAACAAUAACACUAAGAUAUCACUAUUUUCACUUAUUAUGAAUUUUUAGAAAAAUAGAAUAGUGUCAAACAAAACGCGGGGUAAUUGAUAUUGCCCAUUGGUGGUGGUUCAAUCGUGUAAGAAAAUCGAUUAUUGUUACAGACAAGAUUCGUAACUUGUAUGUCUAAAAAAGUUUGUUAUAAACGCUUAAAUAUGCAUGAAAAAUAUCAAAAUAUACCUACAAUUUUGUAAUGAAUAUGAAAAAAAUAAAAAUUAGUUAUUAAUUUAGAUAGUUUUUAGUUAUUUUUGAGAAGACAAUAGUAGCUAUAAAAUAACGAUAAAAUCACACAAUUGGCAAAAUAUAGUCAAAACUUCAAAGUAUGUAAGUAAAUGUCGAAUUUUAGAUUCCGAGCGAAGCGAAGAGUGUAUUGUUUUUACAAUUAUUUUUUUUUAUACUAUGUACAAUACUCCACCAGAAAUUUUGCUCUUUCAUGUGUAGCGCCUUUUUUGAAAGGAAAUUUUCCUUAAAAAAGUUCCUUAAAAAUUGUAUUUUUUGAUUUUCCAAAUAAUCUGGAAAAGCGGUAAAAUUUACGAAAACGAUGCUUUUAUUAUUUUCAAUUUUGUUUUUUAUUGUAAUUCAUUUAAACACGUUAAUAAGGACUUGAAAUUUAUACAGAAACCUUAUAUUUGCCCUUUUAAAGACAUAGUUAAAUUGUAAAAUCAUUUGAGCCAUUUAUAGACCUUUUAAUUUUGCGAGAUUUUAUGUUAUAGAUACUCUGUGGAUGAAAUUGUUAGACCAAAUAGAAAUGCUUGAAAAUUUAAUAAGAGGUUCAUUAUAAGUUGUACUUAGUGGUCAACAAGAAAAUGUUGAGUAUUUGUUUUUAAUAAAAGUUUUAAAAUCAAAUUUUGACGAAAAUCGUAAGUAUUACGGCCUUUUAGUGCAUUUAUAAUCGAACUCCGCUCAGAAUCGUUUUUCGUUAGCGAUUCGUCCGUCUUUUUUUGGAUUAUCUGAAACAAAUUUUGAAUAUACUUACUUAGAAGUGGUGGUUAGUAGGACAGUCUAUAAAGCCUAUCAGAACAAAUUUACAAAUGAUACAAGUUAUACAAAUUGUGUGGUAUAAAUUUAGUAAGUUGAUUGCUAUCAAAAAUUCAAAAACAAAUUAAAUCCGUCAAGGAUUUUUCGGUUUUAAAUAUUUAUAUUAUCAAUUAUUAGUGGGUAACUACUUAUAUUAUAAAAUAAAUUUAUUUGAUCGUGUUUGAAGUAACCGUGUUGAAAAUGUAAAAUGGAUGUAUCGUAAUAAUAAACGGUCUGUUAUAUAAAACUAUCAUUGCGAGAAUAACGCAAAGGUAAUUAAAUAUCCCGACGUGUCCAAAAAAAAAAAUCACGUCUAGCCAAGUGCAUAUCCGGUGGAACGUCAGUAACUAUAGUGUAAUCUGGUGUAAUCAGCUAUAAUCAGCGUGUGUGUCGUCACAUUCCAUGUAUAUCAACCUUUAUUAUUAUUAUUACGUAGUAAUAAGUAUUUAACGAGAACAACAGCUUUAACAGACAUUUGCUGCACAAUAAUUAUAAUGCAAGUUUAGAAAACUGGGCAGGCUAUAAUGUAAUAUAAUAUAAUAUUAUAUGUUGUCAUCAAUAAAUUAAUAAUAUUUCAUCACUCCAGUGUGUAAUUAAGAUUUGGCCGGAUUUGGUGGGUUUAAUUUAUAUAUUUUUGUAAUGUAAUUUAUAAUUCGAUCUGGUAUAGAUUAUCAUUGAAAUCUAAUAAUAAUAAUAAUAAUAAUAAAUUAAUGUUAAAUUUACAUCGUUUCUUUCUUACACUGAUUAUUAUUAUCGCGUUCAAGAGCGUUGAACAUUUUAAUAAUCGAACAAAUAGUAAUCUAAAAAUACAUUUUUAAUAUUUAUAAAAUUACUGGCGCAUUUUUAUCAUUUUAGUAUUUUACCAAUUUAAACAUAUUACGUAGGUAUGACUAAUUCAAGUGUAUUAUAAUCAUAAUAUCCGAUUGUAGGAAAAUUAUCGAAACAUGACUAAUCUGAAAUAAUAAUCGUGAUAUUUUUCAAAAGUCAAAACAGUACUUAAUAAUAAUAAUCAUUACACAUUUUUUUUGGAUCACAUUAUUAGUAAUAAUUUAUUACUAAUCUAGCAACCACUGAAAUAUACCUAACCUAUUCUAUAACCACCUGUUAGUUUCUUUUAAACCUAUAUAUUCGAUUACAUUUUUUUUUUUAAAUUUUAAAACUAUUUUAAAGGAGUAGAUAAUAGGUGUCUUAUAUUAAUAUAUGACGUAGAAUUUCAUAUUUGAUAUUCUGUAAUGAUUUUAAAACUCAAGUAGGUAUAUACAAUUAACCAGCAAACUAUAGCACGUUUUUUUAGUGAAUGUCCUAUGCGUGUCCAUUCCCCUUCAUUGAAAAAAGCUUCAGGAGCAGAUAAGCCAAACCUUAUCCUAGUAUUUUCCUAGUUACCCCUCCUCCUGCUCGUAAGUAUUUCCAAUGUUAAUAAAAUAAAGUUUACUAAUUCAACGUAAUUCUACUUCAUUUACCAUUUAUUUUCAAUUGGUCACACAAUAAGCAAAAAAUUUUACUGCAGGGUGUCCAAUAGAAUAUCAUUUGGACACAGUAAUCUUCCUUCAAAAAUACCCUAGUAGACUAUAUACUAAUUGCGUGACGUUAAACGUAAAGUAUAUUUAAUUAUACGAAAUAAAAAAAUAAUCAUCAUUAAUCAAAUCAAAAACAAAAUUAUACGAAUACCUGCCUUUCUAUUUAAGUGUGUUCAAUUUCACAAAGUGCAUCAGAUACUUGGCCACAAACACGAUAAAAAAAGACCAUACAUACACGAUAUCAAAUUGUUAGUACUUCUCCAUUUUACGCCGCACGAUAUAAAUAUAUAAUAAUAUCUUAUCCGUGGAUUUUACAAAAUGAAGUAAAAAAAAAAAAAAAACCGUUUCCAAUUCACGAAAUGUACAAUUUCACCGAGUGGAUGCGAUAUAUUAUAAUACGGUCAGAUCUUUUAUAUCAGGUAUGUGCUCACCAGUGACGUACUAUCGUUCCCUACUUGAAAUGUAUCACAGACAUAAAUGGAAUUCUCUGAUUAAUUCAGAUAAUAUAUAGCGAUUUAAGUUAUUCAUUUUGAGUAAAUAUAUUAUCAUAAGACCUUAGGUAAUAUUUACGAUUUUCGUCAAAAUUUAAUGUUAAAAUUCUUAGAAAAAAAAAAAAUACUACAUUAAACUCAACUUUUUCUUGUUGGCAAUUAAGUACAACUUAUAUAAUGAAACUCUCUUUUCAAGCAUUUCUGUUUUGGUCUAAUAAUUUUGCCCAAAGAAUACCUACCGAAUAAAAAUUACGUAAAAACUCCCAAAAUUAUAAUAUUUAUAAAUAGCUCAUGAAUGGCUCAAAUGUUUUGAACAUUUUAAUUUUCCUAGAAAAAAUAAAUAAAAGUUCUUUGUCUACAUUUCAAGUCUCUAAGAAUAUUUUAACUAAAUUGCAACAAAACAACAAAAUUGAAAAUAAUAAAAGCAUUAUUUUUGUACAUUUUCCCGUUCUUUCUGCGGUUUUUUUUUUUGUUUUGCUCAAUUAUUAAAAAAAACUACACGGAAAAUCAAAAAUCUACUUUCUGACUAGCCAACCAAAUUAAGAAUAUAACAAAUAUGGUUUCUUAUCAUUUUGAUCGGAGCAUUAUUUCUGGUAGAAAAUGUCAUGUAUACAAACUUAAAAUAAUGAAAUCGGUAACACUGUGGCGUGCUGUAAGUCUAUGCCGUUUUACCAAUUAUUCUCUAUUGGGUUUUUCACAAUUACUUUGAAAACGCCUGAGAAAAUAAAAGAUUUACGUCUUUAAUGCACUAACUAGACAACAUUACUUUUCAGAAAAGGUGCAACACUUUAUACUUCGGAGCAAGAUUUUUGGAAUAAAAGUUAACCACAGCUUAUUGACAUCAAAUAAUAAUACAAAAACACACAUCAUAGUAAAACCAAUAUAUUCCUGGCUAUGUCAAAUGUCAAUAUAUCGGUUUUUAAUGAUUAUAUGAAUAGUUUCUACCUAUGUUUAUUACAAAUUAAAGUAUUUAUUUACACAUUAAAAUAUUAAGUGAUACAAAAAUAUUCAGGAAUACUUUAUGGGAAUACCAUAUACUUCAUAAAAUUAAUAUUUAAAAAAAUUGGUAAUUGGUGGUAAGGUUAAGGUUAUGGUAUUAAGUUUAAUACCAUGUAGAGGUAGGUGGGUAUUAAUUAAUGCUUAUUACUACUCAUACAAAAAAUUAGUUCGGCGCCACUGCGGCCGUUUUAUCUAUGUAUCCGGGGUGGUAUUUCAUCGGUUAGAUUUCAGGUUUUUGGACCGACCCGGUCAACAGCGGUAAACCAUUAAAGAGCCGCAGAGUACCAUCAUGUUUGUUAGCGAUUAUCAUGGAAAUAUUAUGUUAGUGAUACUAUAAAUUCGGGACGAACCGAUCUGUGGAUUCCAUUUGAGUGUGCUGUGGCUCGUUUCGAGUUUUCGGAACGCUGUUCCCGGCGCGCAUCGGCGGCCGACAAAUAUAAUAAUAUUUUGUGCAUUUAUAUUCGCGUUGCUCGGGAGGUGCCGGUCUUGGCCACCCGAGCGUUAGUGGUGCGUGCGCGUAUUAUGUGACGGCGUACAUUGUAUUGUAAAAAUAUUGAUCAGUGGCGCGCGCGCGCUCGUUCCCCGAAAACAAGGCGGCGGCGAGCUCUCCGUAGAGCAACGGGCCGGCGGUGGCUGUUGGGUUCAAGAACCCCCCCGGGAAGGGCUCGACGACACGCUGGGAGGGUGGAAACCCGGCGCCACGGCCGACUUUAAUGUAUACGCGUGGCGGCGACGGCGCGGCCGCGGCGGCGCAUACACGUAUACUAAUAUAUCGUCGGAAACCCUUCGCCGCCACGGCCGUCGGACAACGGCAAAAAUGUAAACCGUGUGUGUAUAAUAUGCGUGGUGUGUGUACCGCACGCAAAAUGCACGCGUACGACAACGACAGUCACCGCUGACCAGCGUUACGGUUAUAAUUAUACGGCUAUACGUGCGUGUUAUUAUAACUUCCGCCCCCCCCCUCGAUAUUUCCCCUCCAAUCGUUCUCGGUUCGACCGGCCUGCGGAUACCGUUCACGCACAAAUGCGUUUAUGUUGUAUAAAUGCCGUUAAUCCGGUGAAAUAUUAAUUUUUUUUUACCUCUACCGGUUUUGAGGUUUUUUUUUCCUAUGCGAAUAAAUAAUAUAAUAUUUAAUACUAUUUAAUAUCGUCGUCAAUCGAUUUUCGAAUAAUUUUGUACAGGAUAUUAAGUAUACUCCAAUUAUCAAGUAUAGCACCUUUUCUAGAAGGAAAUGUUCUCUGGGUGGUAAAGAGGUCAUUUUUGGAAAUUAAUAUUCGAGACAAUGAGGAAAAUCUGGUUCUCUUUAGAUUAAAAAAGAUUGAAAGAUUAAAAAUAAGAUUUUCGUUGGCAACCGUUUUUAUUUAUUUUUUGUUAUUAUUUUAAUCAUUUUUGAAAAAUCAAUGUUGUCAUGGAAACGCUCAUUGUUGUAAUAAUUUUAUCGUAAUAUGACAUAAUAUAUAUUGUUGACAAAGCAACACUAUCAAUUGAACUCCGCUCAGAAUGGUUUUUUCACUAGCAAUGGUUUAUCGUUGUUUACAGAUAUACAUUAAAUUAUCUUCUGUAUCCUACCUUUCCAACUUUUCACCUACAACAGUGACUGCACCCGCAUGCGAAGUAUGCCAGUUCUUUUUUGAAUAAUACAUUUUAAUUAGUAUAAUAAUUAGAGAUUUGUAUUGACUGAAUGAGUAAAAAAUAGUACCUGUGUAGCAGAGUUCUUAUAGGUACUACAGUCAAAUUUUCUUGCAUCCAUUUUGUAUUCGAGAAAUAUUCCUGGUAAAAUUUAAAUUAAUAGUAAUAUUAAUAGUAUUAAUUAUACUAUAAUAUUGCAUUCUAUAAAAAAAAAAAUAUGAAAUUUGAGUAUAGAAAUGGUAGGUGUUGCGGUUGAAAGUUGAGAAGCCCAAAAGGCAAUUUUUUUUACAAAUUGCACAAUUUGAUACAUCCAUUUUCACUUAGGGGUUUGUGGGAUAGUUAAAAGUUUAACCCUCUCCUCUUUCUUGAUUUUUCAAAACAAAAUAUUAUGCUAAAAUUAGUAUUGGAAUCAAGUAUAACUUUUAAUCACUUGAAUUCAUCAUAAAAUGAACGAUUAUAGCCCGAAGAAUUGUAAAAUGUAAUUUUUUAAAUGAAUAUAAUCAAUUAUGAUAAUCGCAUGUUAAUAACUAAUAAAUUUGUCUUCGUAUUAAUAUUUAUUUUAUUUGACUGUCUAGUAUAUAUCACUUAAGACGAUUUUUGUGGUUUGUUUUUGUUUUUUUUAAUAAAUAAUAGUUGGAAAACAAAAUUAAUGUAUAUAAACACACAUUAGAGAGGUACCACGUGCGCAUGUACAAACCUUUUGUGGUGUAAAAUCAGAAAGUAUAAAAUAUUAUACUACCUAUCAGUAUACGGCAUGUUCUUUUUCAUAUGCAUAAUUAAGUUCAUUAUAUUAUUCUUCUUAUAUCUUAUAAUAAAAUUUAAAAACCGUAUUUAGAAAUCCGAAUAAAAGAAGAUAUUUGUAUAUUAUAUAUAUAUAUAUACAAAAAAAAAACAAACAUUAUUUUUCUUUUGAUAGUAACUGCAGUCUUGAAUAUGCGUAUAAUAUAAUCUGACGUUUAAUUAUUAUAUGUUUUUUUUUUUUUUGUAUACGUACUUCUACAGUGUAAUCUUUUAGGCGAUUUUACUUUGAACCGUAUAAAAUCUGAGUUUAAAAUAUAUAUAAAACAAAACAAAAUAAAAAAUAGAAUAAACCUGCAACAUAAAAAUAACGUAUUAUAUUUUAUUUGUAUUGUCCUUGGACAUAAACGGAAUCUAAAACUAAUUUCAUUCGUUUUAUUACACCUUAUAUGUUUCUAUUAUAAUUUUAUUUAAAAAAAAAAAUAAUAUAUAUUGUAUCAAAUCAUUAUUUUAAUAAAGAAAACUCACAAAUACCGAGUAUAUACAAUGCAUUUUACACAUACACACAUACAAAAAAAUCACAAAUAAAGUACUGCAAUUAUUAUUUUGUAACAUUAUUGUAAUUCAUCACCAUUAAACAUUUUACCUUGAGUGAUUUUUUUUUAUAUAGCAAAAUAAUUAAUCCUGUUGUAGUAUAUUCGUAUUAAUAAAAUAAUCAUAGGUAAUCGAUAUAUAAAAUAAGAUAUUUAGUCGCAAUAUAAUAUACAAUAUUUAUUAAUAAUUUAUCAUACACUUUAUAAUAAAAACAUAUACUGUUUAAAACUUUCAAAAUAUAAAUUAUUUUUAUUUUAAUGAAAUAUAACAGUUAUUAAAAAGCAUCGCAGUUUGUAAAAGUUUAAAAGUUUUUUUCAUCGCUUGGUUGUUAUAUUAUAUAUUUAAAACAAUUAAAACUAAAUCAUUAGAACAUUUUAUAAUUUUAUAUUACUGUUUUGUUUGCAUUUGUAAUUAUUUAUUUUUUUAUUUAAUUGCUAAACAAUACAAUCAAACUUUUAAUAAAAUUAAAGAAACAUUGGUUUAGUAGGUACAUAGGAAGCUGGGAUAGGUUAGGUAUAUUGUAUGUAUGGUACAUUAAAAAAAAAGUCCAUAAAGCAAUGUAAAUCAUUGCCUAUAUCAUACUAAAAAUGAUUUUGGGGAAAACUCAAUUUCGAAACUUUAUAUAAUGUUUCUAUUUGUGACUUAAAAAUUACGUUAAGAAUAUUAAAUCGAAACGAAACGUCGUGCUAUUUACAUUAUUAACCGCUUGAGAAUAAAACACAUAUUUGUAAUACGAAAAAUAUGUAUAUAAAAAAAAGAAAAAACUGAAACGUUACAUUGAAAAAUAAUAUGAAAUUUUACAUAUUUAUAUACUUUCAUUAUUAUAUAUUACUUAAUAUGCAAUAUAAAUACAUUACUCUUUCGCACGUCAAUUUGAUUGUUAUGGUUUAAUUAUGUAUGCAAACAAAUUGCAUUUUAAUUAAUAAACGUAUGUUAAAUUAAUAUUAAUAUGGCUGAUGUAUAUAAAAUUACAGUUUUGGAAUUUAAGUUUGAUUAAAUUGUUAUUAUUUGUCAUAAACGAUAGGUAAUUAAAUUAGUACACAAUAUAAUGACAUUGUAAAUAAUUAACUUUAUCCAUACUAUAUUAUUGUUUCCCAAAGUUCUGUAAAAGUUCGUAUGAUAAAAUAAAUCAAUAGCGUAUAGUUAAAUUAUAAAUUCCUAUAAUUAUAUAAUACUUUACUUUCUUGUUUAAUGGGCAUAGUAAGUUUAACUUGUGAAUAUAUUGGGAAUCAAAAGGUGUUGUUAUAACGCUACUGUAAAUAUUUAUAUUUACAUUAAUUUUAAUAGUUUAUAUAAUCCAGUGUGUAUUGAAAUAAGCAAAUGAAUACACACUGUGUAUACAUUUUUUAGAUACUGAGUGAAGCGACGAACGUAUUGGUUGUUUUAUUAUGAUGAUGUGUUUUGUUGUAUUUGAAAACAACUUUUUUACCACAAAUAUUCUAAUCAAAAACUUUAAAGUGAACUUUAUUGUAGAAUUUAUGACAUAAUCGGUUAGCAUCAGUGCAUUAUGAAGGGAUUUUUAAACAUUUUUAUUUUUUUUUAUAAUUUACUUAAUAAAUUGGAAAAAUUGGUAAUUCUUGUUAAUUUCUGGCUACAAGGGAAUAAAUUUGAUUAAUUAACACGCAGCUUAGAGUCGUUUUUCGUUACUAUGGUUUUUCGUCACUUACAGAUUUAAUUACUAUAUAUAGUUUCCCUCCUAAAACAGUAGCAUACCCAUAGUCUUAGACAGUUUUAGACAGUCGGGCUUUUUUUUUGUAAACUACUUAAUUCUGUCGAUUUUUUAUGCGUCUAAAAAUUUUUCGGUACAUUUUGGCAUAAUUUUUAACUGUUCAUUAUUAUUUAUACAUGUAUUCAAAUAUUAUUAUUGAUAAUAUUAUUAUUAAUAAUAUUAUAUUAUUGAAUUUCUACCAGAUACCUAAUACUAUUAAUACUCGUAUAAUCACGAAAAUUAACGUCGAUACAUUUUAAAAAUUGUCCAUAGUCUCCGAGAGAAACUUUUUUUUAGUGGGGCCAAAUUAUCGCACUGCUGUCCUACUGCUAUAUAUUAUUAUGUAUCGCAUUUCUCACGCCAAUAUUAAAGAAAAUGCGUAAUACACUUUCCUUUUACGACGAUAAAUUAUUAUAAUAAAUGACUUAAAACAAUAAUAAAAAAAAAAAAUCUUUUUAAAUAUUAUCAUUAUUUUAAUAUAGCCGAGGUAUCUAUAUUAUAUUUCGGAAAUCACUGUGUCACGGUCAUUGAUACCCAUCGUCCGCGGUUUCCCACGAAUAUUUUUGCGGAACAGAACUGAACGCGUGGUGGUGGCGGUUACGCAGUACACACCGGUAUUAUAGUGUAAUUCCGUAUAGGUGGGCUAGGUAUCUAUCUACGUUUAAAAAGAAAAAAACACAUCAUAUGAUAACAACAACGUGAAUCGUCUUUUUUUGUUGCGCUUCUUCAUUUAUAAGUAGGUACCUACGAUGGCGGUUAGGUUUAGAAGCGUACUUCUCCUCGCUCGCCUCAUCGGUACGUGCAUAACAAUUUACUUUAUUUUUAUUUUUUGGUUUUAUUUUUUCAAUAGAUACCAAAGGAAAAUAUAAUAUGAGAGCACGAGUAGUUACAUCGCGUAUACUAUUGUGUCGUGUUUUCGGAUAUUUUAUAGACCAGAGUAUUUUUCGCGUUUUCUUUGUGCGGAUUUACUUUUUAUAUGUGCCUACCUAUUAAGUCGCCGUGUAAUUUUUCUUCAUUUUUUUGAAUUUUCAAAAAAACGUAUAUUAAGGCAUACGUGAUAGUUUUUAACAGUUUAGGGAGAGAGAGUAAAAAAUAUAGGUUAUAUUAUAACUAUUAUAGUGUCGCCACGGACGUGACGGCCGAAAUAUCAAAAUAUAUAAAACGUAUAGAUAAAAGGGUUAAACGAUUUUACAUAGGUUCGAUAUUAUAAUUAAGUAUUAUUAUUAUUAUUAUAUCGUUCUUGAUGUAGACCGAAUUUAAUAAUUAUCUACACAACAGUGGCACUAUCUUCUUUGCAGAUUCUAUAUUGUUGUAACGGUGGUAACAUACAACGGCGGCAACGGACGCGUACAAACAAUUAAAUUACUGAACAUCUGAGUUUUGAUAAUAGUCGAAAUGAAUAACUAUGUGAAUUAGUUUUAAUAUUAAAUAUAUUCAAUGGAACUUGUUAGUUUUGACAUAAACCGCUAUUUUCCGGUUAAAUUUAGACCCGUUUUAGUACGUUUUGAAACAAAUUGAUUCCAGAUUACGAUUCGCGUUCAAUAAUCCUAUAAAACAGUGUUGCUAAUAUAUGUCCAUAUUUUUUGGAACACGUGAAUUUUGAUUCUAGUUCACUUGUUUGUCGGUAUUUGGUGAGAAAAUAUUUUUUUAUUCUACAGUUCACUUAUUAUCUUUUUUAUACAGUCUAGUUACUAUAACUAUCUACUGCAGUAUACUAUAGAGCCACAGUCUUCAAAAUUAACUGUACGUAUAAAAAAAAAUAAUCGACAUUAAUCUCCAUCCUUAUACCUAGUUGUAGUUUUGUUGCCUUGUUGUGUUGAUAGUUGUUUACCGGAAUAUAAUGCGGUGUUUGUAUCAUCGUAUAAUAUUCGAAUAUAAUAAUAUUGUUUAAAUUUUUUUUUAGAAUGUUUAGAUUGAAUUAAAUUGACGACAAUAUUUUCUUUACGGUUCCUGUUUCGGAACGUUAAAAACGUCCCUUCCCCCACCCCCGAUUUUAUAUAGUCGUUAUGCUCGUCUGAGAGAGACGGCCGGAUUAAGAAUCUUGUACUAUUAUUCUAUUCGUCUAUACAAUCAUUCUAAAAAAAAAAUAAUAAUAAUACAGCGUUUAAUUUAAUGAUUUAUUAUAUACAUUCAUUUCUGUGCAAAGGAUACGGGUCCUUUUUUUGUGGCCCCUUUAUAUAUAUAUAUGUAUAAUAUUAUAUAGGUAUUAACAAACUAACAAAAAGAUUAUAAUAUAUGAGUUGGUGGGAUCCCACGGUGUGUACAAGUAUGUAUCUAUUAUAAAAUAUGUAAUAAUUAUUUUAUGACCAACCGUGUCUUUUGGACCUUUUAUAAAAAGUGAUGUGCAUAUAUAUGUUCUUAUACUAUAUGAGUCAUACCCUAUUUUUCACAUUAUUUUAUUGAUUGGCUCUACUUUCAUAAAUAACGCGUGUUAUACGAUUUAAAUUCAUGUACGACCGCGUAUUUUUAUACAACAUAAAUAGGCUGUUACUAUACUGAUGGAUGUGCCACUGUUUUAUGAGAGGAGUUAGAAGACAUAAUAUACUGGGUGAUUUUUUUAUCGUUGAACAUUCAUUUUUUAAUAAAAUAUUGACUUUAAAAUUUUUGAUUCUGAGUGGAGUGAGGAAUGUAUUUAUUUUACUAUGAUGUUUAUUUUUUUUUCUGUGGACCAAUUUUUCAACUUCAAUUUACAAUGAUAGCACUUUUUCUAAAAGAAAAUCUGACUGGGAAGAUACUUUAAGGAGGUCAUUUUUGAUUUCUCCAGGAGUAGUAAUUUAAUUUAUGUCUGUGUGCAAUUGUAUACUAUUGUUAACGAAAAACGAUUUUGAGCAGAGUAUUAUUAAUCGUAUUUCUGGUUAACCCUUGUUGCUAAGGGAAAACAUUAACAGUUUUUCCAAUUUCCUAAGAUAACUACAAAGACAAUCAAAAGUGAAUGACCUCCAAAGCACCAACAAGAUCGAAAAUACUAUAAGAAAUUUCCUAUAAAGUUUGUGAUUGAAACAAGAUUUCUAGUAGUAGAGUAAUUAACAGACACACAUACGUACACACAAAAAAAAAAAAACAAAAACCUCAUCGCGUUAAACCAAUUCAUUUCUUGCUUCGCUUAAAAUCUAAUAUACUCUGUGAAAAAAAAAAUAUAUAUAUUAAUAAUAACACGAUUUGUAUACAUAAUAUUUAUACAACAGUGAGUAAAAUCCUUGUUAUACUCGGAAUAUAAUAUGAGAAUAUAGAAUACAUUUUUUUUUUCACUUUUAAUUGUAUACUAACUUACCUUAUAGAUUUACACUUUUUGAAAUAUUAUUAUUUGAAUACACGAUGAUGGUAUAUCUAUUGUUAUUAUAAUGUUGUAUGAAGGUUAUUUAUAUACGCGUCUACUAGUAUAAUACGUGUACUUAAAAUGUUUAUUUAUUUGGCUUAUCGAUGUAUAAUAUAAUAUAAAGAUCAUAUGGUAUUAUAAUAUAAUAAUGGAUUCAUAAUUCGAUACAGUUUUGUAGAUUUAUUAAAGUAUAAUGGUAGGUAAGGAAGUAUCUUAGGUUUACACACUCCGUAUAAUAAUUUUUUCUCUAAAACCUAGUAAAAUAUUCUUCAAUUUAAUUAUAUUCAAAAGAAGUGGAAUAUUAUCUCAAUUAUACUAAAAUUAUAAAUUGUAAUUAUAUUCAUUCAUUAUGUAUCGAGUUAGUAUAAAAUAAAAUAAAAUUAUUAAAAUGAUUUUAUUUUAUUAUGAUAAUUAAUUAGUUUGCUUGAUUUUAUAAUCAAGCUAUACACAAUUUUAAUAUUAUAAAAACCUGUAAAAUAAUAAUAAAAUAAUAUCGAGUGGCUGAAACACGUUAUGAUGUGAAAUAUGGAAAAAAGCAAUAUUUGAACAGCAAUCAAAUGGAAGCCGGAGAGAAGUAAGCCCAAAAAAUACUGAAAAGACGAAGUAUAGAAUGAUAAAGAGGAUAAAAGUGAUAGAAUAUGAGAUCAAGGGUCGUGAUUAUUCGGAAGACAAUAUUAUGACGAUGAAAAAUAUUAUUGAACAAUGUAUAAUUGUGUAGAUAUUUAAAAUGAAAUAAAUAUCAAAUAUCAGUUUCUUUUGAAGAAAAAGAGCAUGACUGUUCAUGGAGGAAACGGUAAAAAGCCUAAGGAUGACAAAAUGCUAAUGGCGUCGGUGGAUCGAGUGAACAAAUCCUAAAAGAGGACGUGAGGCGUGGAGCUGUUUGAUUAUGAUUUCACCGUAUUUGCGUAGCUAAGGGAACUGUGAUUUUGCGAUCGCCUCACGUUGCGUUGGCGUAUUACUCACGAGGUUUAAAGUUCACUACUAUUCACAACUACUAUAGAGUAUAAUUUAAGCAGUAACAAAUCGACUGUAGGUAUAUGAUAUCGUAAUUAGGUGAACGAUCACGUUUUAUUUUUUACAUCACGUAAUUUUAUCUAUAUAUAAAUAAAGGGAGGAACGUCACGCAGCGAUACGGUCUAACAGAGUGUAAAUGUUUGAUGAGUAAUUAAAAGGAUAUGGUGGGUAUGUAGAGGGGAGGUAACUGUGAACCUGUGAUUCGAACGAUUCAGAUGAUUAAUUUAUUGUGAGUCGAAAAUCAUCUUUUAAUUGUCGGGAUGAUCGCACAGAAGCCAAUGACAAUGAAUUUUAAUGUACGAGACCGUGGUAAAAAUGAGUUCAACGAGCCUGCACUGUCUACCUGCCUGUCUACCGUUCCAUUCGACGUACUUCAAGGUGUAUUUCUUGCCUCUUAAAUAAUAAUAAUAAUAAUAAUAAUAAAAAAAAAAAACAACCAAAACAAAAAAAAUCUUCACGAUUCAAAGUAUUUUUGUUUUUAGGUACCUUAUUAGUAUUAUUAUAGCUACACUAUGUCUGUAGCAGCAUUAUUGCCGAUUCCGAUUUCUUCGUAUAAAAAUUUCGGAUUUUCGAUUCGUUCUUUUCAAAAUUAUAACUAACGGGUAAUUUAGUAUAUCUAUUAAGAAGGUUUAAUAAUUUAUAAAACUGUCAUAAGACCAACUUUAUUGUAUAAUAUUGUAUGAAACAGAAUGCUGGAUAACCAACAAGUGGGUGAAGCAAGCUAUUCACGUAAGCCGUAUGAAAAUGUUACGAUGGGUUUCUGUUAUCAUAAAGAUGGAUCGGAUAAGGAACGAAUGUAUGAGAGGGAGCCUGUAGGUUAUGUACAUAAGUGAGAAAAUAACGGGAAAUAUAGUUUAAGAUGGUUUAGACACGUAUACAUUAGAGAGGAUAACAUAUAAUCAAACGAGUUUAAAAAUGGUAACUAAAGAGUAAGCGGAGCCGCGGAAGAUCGAAGAAAAUGUGGAUGGACUGUUUGCAUUAAGACGUAAAAAAAAAAAAAAAAAGUAGAUGGAUCUAUAGUAAGUGAUAGAUGGACUAGCAUGAAGAACCAAAAUCCGAAAAGCGGAUCUGGUAUAGAUGGGAAAGCGUCAACGGAGAAAAAGAAAAAAAAAACGUUUAAUGUUUUCGAAUUGAAGUACCUAUACUUCUAUAAGACCUUUAAACAGUGCGAUUUUUCUGUACUGAUAAUUGACCAUUGAUUUAAAAACAAAAUUAUAAUAAUUCGAAUUGACGCUGAAAAAUUCAAAUAAUUCGAAUAUAAAUGAUAAAUUUUAUGAUUGAAAUUAUUGUACCACGAGGAGUAGAAAGAGGUAGGUACUAUUAUAUUAUAUAAAAAUAAUAGGUUGGUCGUAUGUAAAUAAAUAUAUUAUACGUAUAAUGUAUAAGUAGUAAAGAAAAUUACAUUUAAAAUCGAUUUAAAAUUUUUUACAUUUUUACAGCUACUUGUUUUUUUUAUUACUAUCGAAACUAUAUUACUGUAGUGUUUUUUUUUAUUAUAUAAUUAUGUUUGCGGUUGUAUCCCUGCAAAAUAAUGGGUCACGUGUAUAUCACAAUAAAAAAUAAUUUUUAUUUUUUACAGUCGUUGUCUACUGCCAAUCGUUUAUAUAGAUCAAUUGACCGUUGUUAUAAUGAUUUGAAUAUAAAAAAUAUUAGGCCUGAAUUCGAAUUCGAUGUUUCAUUAUGAAUAUUUAAACGCUUAUUAACGCAUUAUUAUGACGUUGGUCGUUUUUGUUAUUAGAAAUCUCUACGAGAUUUUUUGUAAGGUCAAAUCAAUUUACAUAAUAUAACAUCGUAGAAAUAAAUAAAUAUCGAAUUUUCGUAAGUACCGAAUCGGGUAUUUUUUGUCAAACUUCAUAAAUAGGUGUAAUAUUAAUUUUUAAUUUUUAUGGAAUUAACAGUAGGUUUGUUAGUACAAAAUUGCAUAUAGUCUUUUUAUUUAAAUUUGAACAAAAAUCAAACAAGUGUCUUUUAUGUGUACAUAUACAUCUGUAGAAACUAAUGAUGGGGAAUAAUUUAUACUACCAAUUGUUUUCAAUAGUUUAAAUGAACUAUCAAUUGUUUUUCUGCGUGAAUGAAUAAAAAAUAUUCGAAUAUUUUUCAAUCUACCGAAUAGUUCGAAUGCGAUCAACUAUCGAAUUGUUCAGUAAUAACUAUUUAGUUGUACCCAUUACUAGACCAAAAACACAUUUUCGUCAAGUAAUAAUACUUUUUAAUAAUUUUAAUAAUAUAUAUUUUUUUCUUCGGGUUAUAGUUAAAAGUGUAUUUUAUUUAAAACAAAACGGAGUUAUGGUUUUUUUUUUUUUUUGUUUAUGUCGGAGGCUUUACAACUAUAUAUAUAUUAUAUGUAUACACAUUACGUAUUGGAUAGGGGAAACUUUUUCACCAUUAAGACCGCCGAGUCAUUACUAUACAGUGUGGCGCUAUAAUACGAAUAUUAUUCUACGUGGGUGGGUGCGUAUAAAAUGUAAUCUUACUAUUCGAACCAUUAUUUUUAUUAUUCGGUCGGUUGUCUAGGUAACCAUGUUACUAUUAAACUAUAACACGAGAGUGCCUUUAGCGUAUUAUAUUAUCAUUAUUAUAGCUGUAUCAUUUUACUCUGGCGCCUUUGUGGUCCACUAGCAAGCAAAGAAAAUUACAAGAAACAAUCCCCUAUUUUAUUACCCUACUUUAAUAUAACGGUGACAUUUUUAGAACAAAAUAAAUAUAUACCAACUAAAUAAUAUUUAAUAUAGGUAGGUACCAUAAUAUAAAUGUGAAUUAAUUUUAGUUGUGUACCUACCAGAUAAAUAAAAUAUAGGUAGAUAUUUUAGCUAUUUCCCUUACUUUUAUAAUGUAAUUAGGUUUAUGAGUCAGCACCCAAGUUGUUAAACAAGUUUUAACUUCGAAUUUAAAAAUUGUGCCAUUUUAUAACGUGUAGAUUAGUGAUGUAGUAGCCCAGAGGCAACCCCUUCUCUUAUGAAUCGUAUUUAAAAAAAAUAAAUAUACAUUAAUCAUUUUAUCCUAAUCAUUUCAUGUUUGUUUUACUUUUAGUCUUUAUGGUUUAUACAUUUAGAUUCUGAGCGUAACGAGAAAUGUAUUGAUUUUACUUCGAGUAUAUUGUGUUUCAUCAUAAGGUGUUAUAACUAUAAAAGUAUUGAAAAUCCACGUGCACAAUUUUUUUUAAAUAACGAAUUAUGAAGUUCAAAUUUUGAUAAAAAUCGAAAAAAUCAAAGCAGUUUGCGUAUCAACUAUUUUACGAUUAAUUUGGAUAUAAUUUUUUUAGCUCAAUUUAAAUGAUCAACUGUAUGGGACCAUAAAACUUGUUUUGCAGGAAGAUACAAAUUAAUCUAAUUUUCAAUUGAUUAUAAAUUUAUCAAAACAUAAUUAGAUGAACUUCGCUCAAGGUUAGAUUAGGUUAGGUAAAACUCGUUUUUUUUUAGUAAAUAAUUUAAUAUUUCAUACGUACGUAUGGAUAUAGGUAAAUCAAGUUUAUUUAUGUAUCUUAUCUUCCUAACUUUUCACUUACAACAGUUUUCUAUUCAUGAAUUAUAUCCUGUACGAGUAGUGUAGCGAUGAUGUAUAAAACAUACGCAAUAUUUUGGUUUUUUUUUUCUGAUGUAGACUAAAAAAAAAGUGUAUUAUUUUUUAUAUAUUCAAUAAUUUUAAUUUAUUUAAUUUAACCAUUAAUCAAUUUAUAUGUAUUAUAAACCUCAAGUUUCAUAUUAUAUUAUAUUUAAUACAUAGUUUUGAAGAUUCUCAUUUUAAACAAGAAAAUGUAUACGUUUUAACUAUUAUUGAUAUAAUAAUAUAAAAAAGUUAAUAUGUUUUUAAUUUUUUUGUUUAAAAGGAAAUACAAGUUACAAAGUUAAUAGAAAUACAAAGUUAUUGUACUGCUCAUGGUAGGCCAUUGUUGUAAGUGCAUAGUUGAUAAGGUGACCUUGUAUUACCCAGUUGUUAUCAACUAGAUCCAAAAUUAUCAAGUUCCUAUGAAAUUUUUGAUUGGUUUUUUUUCUGGCAGACAAAAGUUGUUCAUUAACAGAAAAUAAAUUAUGUAGUAAAACUUUAAUGAAUUAAAGUCAUACAUUUCUCACUGUACAUCAAAAUCUCAUAAUCUAAAAUAGAAAAUCGUUUAGAUAGAAAAUCAAAUUUUAAAUAAAUCUCACGGAGGUAGAUAAUAUAUCUUUCUAAUCUUACAUUUAAAUUUCUUUAAAUCAUAUUUUUAAUACCAAUAAUUGCAAAUUCGAAUGGCGUGCUACGUUUAAAUAAUACAAUUAUUCUGUCAAUAAGAAAUAACAAUAACAUAAUGAUGUAUCUAUACGAAUAUCGUUAGAACAGCUGUUGUACAUGAAUAGACUGACCACCUACAAAAAAAAUCUUACAUUUAGCUGACGUCACUCAUCUUCUGAAUAGAUGCGAAUUUCAUUAAUCAUCCAUCAUGGCCAUUGUAUUGGUAUUUUAUCUCAAACCGCUUUAGAGCCGCGCAAUUACCGUCACAUCGUGAUGUUCGAUCGAUGAUUUCCGCAAAUUAUUGAGGUCAGUAAACGGUUUUUUCAUAUUAUAAUUAACGAUAAAAAUGUAUUGGUUUUCCAAUGAUUUUGUUUUUAUUUUGUGUCAAUAAACACCAUGUUUACCAGGAAUCUUGCUUUUAUCAAAAGUUGUAUAGGAACUUUUUUUGUAGUAGGUAAUGAUUAAAGAGUUAAAUUUUUGAUUUUCCUUGAAGUUUCUUCAAUACUUUGGAAAUACUGUCAAUUUUUUGUAUAAUUUUUGUUAACUUCUGGGUUACCUUGGCAACAAGGACUAAAAUACGACUAAUAUUCCUCUGCUUAGAAUCGUUUUUCAUUAUCAAUGUUUUAUCGUUACAUAUUUACACAAAUUCUAUUAUUCUAUAUGUCUUCUUACCUUCAAACAUCUCUCCUAAAACCAGUGCAAACAUAUCAAAAAUACUAUCUUUUUUAUGUUUUCAUCUAUACUAAUAUUAUAAAGAAGAAAAGUUUAUUUGUAUGUUUGUAAUUUUUAAGCUCAAAAACUGCUUGACCGAUUUUCAAACUUCUUUCACCUACAAAAAACAACAUUAUCAGCAAAUAACUACAUUGGAUGUAUUUAAUUUUUAAAAAAAUUAGAAAUUUCUACGAAAAUUGCAAUCAUUAGGUAUUUUCAGUAAGAAUAUUUAAUUGUUUAUUUAUUUAUUUUUGUUUACUUAUAGAUUACCUUGGUGACAUGAAUGACAUUUUGGUUGUCACAGACAAGAAAACUAUUAUUAUUAUUAUUAUUAUUAUUAUUAUUAUUAUCAUUAUUAUUAUUAUUACUAUUUACACUAUUAUCUAGCAAUAGCAAAGCAUUACCAUGUUAGUAUAUUAUUGCAAUAAUACUCUUAUCCCAUGUAUACACCAGUUUUAUUAUUAUAUUUGGUUGUCAUAGUAAUAACUCUCCCCUAUAAGUUUCUAACUUGGUUCGAAUAAAUCCUAUAUUAAUAUUACAAAAGGGAAAGGGGUCACAUUCGUGGAUGUGGUGUUGGCGUCUUUUUUUUUUUUUUUUUUUAAAUUUCCCCUUGUUGAUAAUUGCAACAGUCAUAGGAGACGUGCGCGUGGACGUUUAAGUGUAUAAUAUAAUUCUGAUAUAUUUUAAUUUACGCAAAUACAAUUAUGUAACAAAUAAUAAUAAUAAAAAUCGUUUAUUAAUUAAACACAUAUUACUGAUUCUAACACUUUCUGCUAAAUAAAUAGCUCGGAUUUUUUUUUUUUGUUAUCUAAUUUAUUAUUCUUGCAGUUUUUUAUUUUGUUUGUAGAACGUAUAUAAAUAAUACCUAUGUAUCUUCUGCCACAAAGAAUAUCAUUAUUAUUAUUAUUAUAACGUAUUAAAAAUUAGUUUAAUGAGUUGUAAGUAGAUUGAAUUUAUAUUGAGUGUAAACAAUAAUAUUAUAAUGAGGUAUUUUACUGUUAUAUCUAUUUAGGAUUUAAAAAUGAUCCAUAGUAUAAUAAAUUUAUUAUAUUUUUACCAAUAUUGAAACAAGCAAUUGUAAUUAAUAUAUAACACCUAUCACUAAUUAGAGCAGUUAUAGCCAUUCACGGAUAAUGUUAUGUCGAUUUUGAGUUUUAUAUUUUUGUUACCGAUAUGAUACGACUCGUUUUAAAUGGAGUUAGGCACUAAAUACAGUUGUAUACUUAAUUAAAAAAUCUAAAAAUUAUUUGUAUUUAAACGACACUACACAUGCAUUUGUUUCUCCUUGUCUUAAACGCACAGCAUAGCAUAGUUGCACUUAACAAAACCAAUUUUGUGAUUUGAAUUUUGUAUAGUUUUAAUAAAAAGACUGACAUACUACGUAUGUGGGUGAGCUACUGUUGUACGUAAGAAGUUGGGAAGGUAGAUAGAAAAUUUAAUUUAUAUCUGUACACAACGAUUAACCAUUGCUAACAAAAAACGAUUCUGAGCGGAGUUCGGUUAAUAUUGUUGCUUUGUUAACAAUAUAUAUUAUGUUUUAUUAUGAUAAAAUAAUUACAUAUGCAUUAUAUAUUUUCUUUAAUAAUAUUUGUUUUAUAUUAUACCUAUUUUCCCGGUUUUCCUAACCUUUUUCUCCAUUUAUUGGGAAAACUUUGGAAAAUCAAAAAAAAUUACCUUCUUAAGUGCCUGAUACAGUUAGAUUUUCUUUUAGGACAAGUGCUAUUUAUCGUUGUAAAUCGGAGCGAAAUUGCUGGUAGAAAAGUUGCCCUCAGUAAAAAAAAUAAACAUCACUGUAAAACCAAUUGCUCUAUUCAAAAUCUAAAUUGUUGACUUAUUAUUUCACUUAAUGACAAGAAGACUUAUUUGUGUUUUGUACAUUAGUUUUUUUUCCCCAAUAUUAACAUUUAUAAUCGAGUAAUUUUGAUAGUGUACUCAUCACAUCUCGUUUAAAAAUUUAAAUAACGAAAAAACUAAUGUAUAAACAUAGAUAUUGUUCUUACCUUUUGUUUGAUAAUAGGUAAAUUAGUUUUAAUAUUAAAACUAACAACCCAAAAUUGGUUCUAUAUUGAAUGCAAAUUUGCCAUGCUGUGUGUUACAAAGAUAGGGGCAAAAAGUAACGUACAUAUAGCAUCCUCUUAAUAAUAGUACAUUUUCGGUGUCAAUGGGUUAAAUUUAUCUUUUUUAAGAUAUACAUUUUAAAAUUAAUAUAUUUGGAAGUUGGAAAACUGUCUAGUGUCUGUAUAAAUAAUAAUAUAUAUAUAUAUAUAUAUAUAUGGACUAAGUAUAUUUUAUUUUAUUCUAGUUAUAUAUUGGACAUUAGCGUAUGUUAUAUUUCUGCUAUAAUUUGUUUUCUCGUGUUAUUUUAAUAGUAAUAUACUCAUACAUGACCUUGAACAUUAAUAAUUGUUAAUUCUAUCGUGGAAAUAUUAAUAAUUAUAGACCUUCGAAAACUCGAUCCAACAAAUUGGCAAACUAAAAACUAAUUUAUUUCAUUACAAAAAUAAAUGACAUUAUGACAUACAAAUUGUCUUUUGAAAAUCUUGAACUAAUAUAAUUAUUGUGUAGUAUGUCUGUAUAAGUUUUAUUGACAGUGGCGUCCCCAAGAAUUUACAACAGGGAGGUGAUAUAAUAAAUAAUAAUCAUGGCUCAUGAAUAAACUCUUCGUUGUACACUUAUAUUUCACCCAAUAGUUAUAAUUUAGACGCCAGAUCCAAAAAAGCCAAUUUUUUCAAUAAAUCAAAAUUUUUUUCUCGUGACAACUGAGUAUAUAAUUUUAAAAUAAAAAUUACAAAAUAAAUACUCAUAGAUGUUGUAAUUAUAAACUAAUGGGGGUGGGGGGGUAUAACCCAUAACGCUCCUCUUCAGUAUGCUACCAUUCAUUUACGUCAUUUUUCAAAACUAUUUCCGAACAAAACGAGCACAUUAUAGGUAAGUAGGUAUUUCUGUAGGUGUGCCUUAGUAGUAUACCUAAGUAAUAUAUUUAGCGCCAUUUCCUACCGGUUCUGGAAUAUAAUACUGCUACGUAUUGCAACCGGUUCAGAUGCCGGAUAUACUUCAUACAGUAUUAUUAGGAGGGGAAACAAAAACCCGAUAUGUUGUUAUUAUAACUGUGGUACAAGGUCAAGUUUAUAAUAUUAUAGGUUAGGUUACCUACCCACUUACCGACGUUUCUAAAACUAGAUGUUUUAACGUAACUUUUAUUUUUUCGGUGGAACGAAUAACAAAAGCAAACUAAAUACUCGCGAUUUGCAAGUCUCCGGCAAUUUAAUCACUUUCACCGCGAAAGUCGUGACCCACCAGGCACAAUAAUAUAAUACCUGUUGUGUAUACGGCUACAGCGGCAGUUAUAAUAUUCACUAUACAGUCACUAUUGCGUCGAUUAAUAAAUAUUAUGUAAAUUUAUAUACAUUUUUAUAAUAUAAUGAGAUUUCAGUCUCACGCUCGACCUAAGGGAAAUAAUAUAAAAUGCACUGCGCAAUUUUUUAAGGUAUAUCUAUGUUAUAGUAUCAUGUCGUUGUUUUUGUUUUGAUGUUUUUAUUCUUGCGCCUCAUCCACCUUCGAAACCGGUCGCCGGGCUAGCCAGAAAUAAUAAUUGUGAAGUUUUAAACACUUUAUAAUUUAUUAUUUAUUGCUAAUUGCAGAGAAUCCAGGAAAAAUUCCUUUAGUUUUUCUAACAUCUUCUCGCAAAGUGUAAAAAAAUAUUUGUGAUCAGCAAAGCGUAUUCGUCAUUAUUUGAAUAAAAUUUUACCCAUCGAUGAUAUUUUAUGAUAGAGAUAUUCUUUGCGAAAUAAUAAUAUUAAACUGCACUAUACUAUAUUAUAUAUAUACUACAAUAAGUAUACUAUUUUCAAUGAAAAAUUGAUGUAAUUUGGUCUUUAAAAAAUGUUACAUCCUUGAUACUAAUAUCAUAGUGUACUAAACUGCGUCCCCUGGCUUCAUUCAAUCUGUAAGUGUUUAAAAAUCUAAAUACUCUCUCCACUGGCCAAAACUUGUUUAAAUUCAUAGUGAAAUUCAACCAGUCUUUUAUUACUUAAAUCCGACUACAAAACAGCUCUAAAUCCUCGAGUUUGAGGUCAUUUGGACUAGAGGGAGCCGCUAUCGAUAUGUAUAAAAGUAGAGGGAUAAAGAUACCCUACAUACGUACCACUGUACGUAUAACGGCAAUAGUCAUUUUUGGGGAAAAUUUUACAAAAGAAGAACGCUGGUAUAAUAAUAUAAAUUUAUACUUAUUGCACGAUAAAAGAAUUAUUUUCAUUAUAUUAUUUAACUUAAGAAUAAUGUGAUAUAUUUUGUGGGUCUGAAUUUUAUAUGCGUAUGCGUGCGAGCGUGUGUGUAUUAUUAAGGGAUAACGGACUUUAAUAUAAGUGGAUUUUCUGUGAAACUGUUUUUUAUUGUUUGCCCUAGAAAAAAAUCUCAUAAAACAGUUGUGUACGUGCUUAGUAUAUUAUCGUGUAUAUGUAUGUACAUAAUAUAAUGUUAACACCCUUGAAUAUACCUCAGGGGCGUUGCCGAGAUGUUAUACCGAUGUCACUACACUGUAUUAUCUUUUUUGUCACGAACUCGAGAUGAAUUUUAUGCUACUUGUAUUUAUAUAAUGUUAUGUGCAGGUCUUCAAUAAUGAAUUUUAGAUUCUGAGAAUUUGAUUUAUAAAUGCGACGUAACAAAUAUUGUAAUAAAAUCGCUAAAUAAUGCAGCAUUUACUUGUCACCAUUUACCAUUUACCAAUCCUUAUUAGUAUUUUUGUUAAAAUAUUGUUAUUUAUACCCCUAUAUAUAUAUAUGUAUAUUAAAAAUUGAAAAAUAAUGACCGUAUGCAACAAUCGUGUGGCUGUACCCUGUCGAAAUAAUAUAUUCGCGUGCGUAAUAAUAUAGCUAAUUUCAGGACAUUUCACGCACGUUGAGUGUGGUAAAAAAAAAACGUUUAUAUAAAUGAAAAAUAUUAUACCUACGUUUGUAUUGAACAAAUAAAUUUGUAAAUAUUACUGUUUUUAAUUGACAGCCAUUUUAAGUCUCAUUUCCUUAUAUAGUAUUCGUUAUUAUAAAAUAUAUAAGUAUUUUUUUUUUUCAAUAUGUGUGGUUUGUUUUUCUGUCACAAAAUAAUACUAAUGUUAAUCAACGUCGUAUUAUUAUUAAAAAAAACCGUCGAUAAAAUACUUAGCUGCCUGCGAUAUAUAUACGACGACAACACGUAUCGUUGUUCUAUACAUAUUCGUGCCCAACGGUUAUAACUCUAUUGUUACCUAUACUAAAACAUACAAGUACAAUGGAAAAAAAAGUGAUCGACGAUUGAAUUACUUAUGUAUAGAUUUUAUAGAGAGAAUAAACGUCAUCUUUGUUGAUGAUGGUGGUCGACAAAAAUAUUAUAACAUGAGUAGGUAGUAAAAAAAAAAUUGCUCUCGAUUCGAGUGUUGUUUGGUGUGUAUAAAGGGCCCGCUGCCGUUCUCAGCUUAGAGUCGCUUAAAAGUCGCUGGGGUCAAUAACGCUGUGAAAUAUAAUAAAACUCGCAUGUAGCUCAUAAUAAUACUAUGUUAUGUAAAGGACGUAAAUUUUAUUUUUUAAUUUGAUGUGCUCGUUUUGUCGAGUUUUUAACGUGACAUGAGUAGUGUGUGGGCUAGUAGAAUAGGAGGACAUUUUUUUAUAUAUUACAUGCGAGCGUUUGUUACGAUUACAAAAAAUCACCCGUGAACUGCAGAGUUCAGCAUUGCUAUAUUUAAUUCCAUUUAUGAAGGCUCAAAUUUCAAAAAAAAAUUAUUCACUUUUACGUUCGCUUCCGAUAAUGAACACUGUUGUUAAGCAUCGCGUGUAUACAUAUAUAUACAAAACAAGCACAAUAUAGUGCAAAAUUCACUAUUUUCUAGGAAAAUUCGAUAAAAAUAUAGCCGUUAUUUAGGCGUAAUUUUUUUUUCUUUUUGUACUUAUACACGAUAUUAUAAUGCGCAACAAAAAGAAUAUUAUUCCGAACGCGUUGUGCGCACAAACAACAUGUGGAACUGCACAUCAGUAGCUAGGCAGUAGGUAUAUAAAAAAUAUACUGAGGUCGUGCCGAAGCCCCCUAAACGUUUCCCGGCCCGCGAUCGAUGCAUACAUAUAUACGAGUUAAACCCGGAAACUUAUAGGGAUCGGCGGAUGUGUCGGAAUAGAAAGAAAAAUAAAAACCGGGAGGGUCGGUUUUUAUUACCCUUCGGAGCCUAUAGUAAACGACGAUAACUAUAUAUAAGCAGGCUGUGCAGUUAGUCGCAGGAAUUAUCAACGGGACAAUAAUACGAACGAUCUAGAAUUAUAUAGUUAUAGUAGUGUAUUGCAUUCACUAUGUAAAAAAAAAAGAAGAAAAAAAAAUAUAAUAAUAAAUAAUAAUAAGUGCGCGCGUAUUAUACUGUAUCGUAUAGGGGAGAAUGUUAUCGGGGAGUAAAAUGAAAAAAAAAAAACCAAUGUGUAAAUUUGAGCCGAAUAUUAUAUUUCUAUAGCUGUGCAGUGUUGCUCGCCACUGCCAACGAAAUAAGAGUAAUAAUUUAAAGCAUUUAUGUACAAAAGGAAAAUCGAAUAUUUUUCUUGGUGGACUUCAAAUACUCGUAAAAUAUUAUAUAGACGUUAUAAAAACGAUGACUGUAUUGUUAGUGCGUUUUUCUGCAGUGUAACGUAACUCGUGUUUUUAUUUUAUUUUUUUUUUGUAUUAUGCAACAGCUGAUAUUAUAUUAUAUUAUAUAUUUUAUUCGUGUGAAACUACUGAAACUCCGUAUUUCUGAACUACUUAUAUACUUGAGUACAUUAAUAUAUUAUGUUCAAUUGUUAUUAUGAUGAAAAUUAUGUCAUUCAACGACUGUCUUAUUUGAGUAUAUAAUGUAAUAUUGUGUAUUAAAUAUUUUUUUAUCGUGUCGUUCGCUCGUCGACAUAAUAUUAUUGUGUAGAAAUAUUCACUGAUAAAUUAAAAUAUAUUUAUGGUUUAUUAAAAACGGACAAAAUAUGUACUAAAAUAUGCUCUUCAAAUUCUUAAAAUAUGUAAAAACAUAACAUCACAUUUAUUGAAUAUCGUAAAUAUCACUUAAUCCAGAGAUUUUUAAUGAAAGGGUAUGUAAUGAAUAAAAAUGCAUAAAUAAAUCAUAGAACCAUUUCAUAACAUAUCAUUAGAUACAUUAUAUCUAACUUGACAACAAUAAUUUAAAAGCUAGAUUCGUAUUUCAUUUAUAAAUAUCAUAAAACGAAUUUUGACCGAAUCCAUUUUCUUUACAUGAUUUAGCAAAAUAAUACAAAUUAAAAACGUGUAAAUGCAUUAAAUUCGCAGCCCUGUAUGUUAACUAAAACCCAACCGGUAAUCCAGAAUGUAUAUUAUUUAAAAAGAAUUACAGAUAUUGCAGUAUUUAUUUAUGUCCUCAAGUACAAAAUUUUGGGAGUAUAUAAUAGAUUUCUCGGUGGGAAGACCGCACUCCAAAAACAGGAUAUAUAUGAUAUAAUAAUAUACGAUUUUCAACUUAAUCGUUUAAUGAUAAAAAUCUAUACAAGUUUUGAACUUUUGUAAUACUCAUCGUAUACGUGACCAUACUAUAAAGAUAUUAAAUUAUUAAGUAUAUAGUCGUGGCUAUAGGGGGUCCAGUACAUAAGUCAUAUUGAUUUUUCUUUGCGGUAAAUUUCAAAUGUAUAAGCAAAUUUAAUUUAUUUAUUAUUAAAACGCGAUCGAUUAGAUUAAGUAGUCGUAGUUUUUUCGUUUUUCGUAUUCUAUCUUAUGUAUUCUAUUAAAAUUAGUUACACGUAAUCUCGUCGUCACAUGUACUGUUGAAUUAAUAAGGAACAUCUCAUAAUUUCCAGUGUUAUUGUGAAAAUUAAUGGUUCACCGAUAUUUCAUUGACAAUAUUAAAAAAGACGAACAUUCUUCGCAAGGUGGAUGGGCUACUAUUGUAGGUGAAAAGGUAAGGUAGGAUACAGAAGGGAAUUUAAUGUAUUUUUGUAUGUAACGAUUAUUCAUUGCUGACGAAAAACGUUUCUGAGUGGAGUCGGUUAUACAUGUUUUAAAGGCCGUAAUAUUUACGAAUUUCGUCAAAAUUUGAUAUUAAAAUUCUCGUAAAAAAAUAAAUAUUACAUAUAAUUCAACAUUUUUCUUGUUGACCACUAAGUACAACUUCUAAUGAACCUCUUGUUAAAUUUUCAAGCAUUUACAUUUGGUUUUAGAAUUUUAUCCACAGAGUAUAGAUACCUACCGAAUAAAUAUUACAUAAAAAACUAGCAAAAUUAAAAUAUCUAUAAAUAGUUCAAAAAUGGCUCAAAUGUUUUGAAUAUUUUACCACGUCUAAAAAAGCAAAUAUGAGGUGUCUGUCUAAAUUUCAAGUCUCUAUGAACUUAUUUUUAAAUUGAAUUAUAAAAAAAAAACAAAAACUAACCUAACUAAAUUUUCCCGAUUUUACCUAAUUAUUAUCAAAAAAUGACCUUGAAGUGGUCUACACAAAGUACUACCAGAAAAAUUUCCUAUCAAUAAGGUACACUUGAAAAUCGGAGUAAGAUUUCUUGUAUAAUUUUUGUACAUGGCAUAAAAAAAAAUGAAAAUAAGAAUAAACAUCUUUGUAAAAUCAAUACAUUACUAGUUUCGCUCAAAAUCUAAUAUUUAUAUAUACGAGUAUAGUAGAGAGUGAUGUGGUGACUUCGAAUCGGUAAUGUCGGUUUUCUGGAAUGUAGAAAAACAUCAAUUAGGUGCUGCAUGUGUUCGUUAACAUAACUCGUGUUAAUUAUUUUGUCGGUAUUUAAUAAUGAAAUAGAAGCAGGAGCAUAAUAAAAAAAAAAAAUAUAUAUAUAUUUUUUCGAUUAUACCUCAAACAUUAAUAUAAUAUACUACGAAAAGAAGUGAAUUUAGAUGUAUGUAUUUUAACGGUAUCAUUUAUUAGUUAUUUUGGAAAUGAAUAAUUAUUUAAUGCCUAACCUAUACAAUAGAAUAGAGUCUACGUAUUUUAUAAAUGUGUGCACUCUUUUCGUAUAUUGUCUGGCAAAUUUUCAAUUUAUAACAGCAACAUUCCAUGCCAUUUAUAAUAAAAUACAGUCGCCUAACAAUAAUUGUUAUAACAAAUUCAUGUGACCUCGACGAGUCAAAACGUAUACAGUACCACGCCUUGAAUAAAAUAAAAAAAAAAAUUCUUGGCCGCUAUAGGUAUUAUAUUAUAUACGAGUAUCCUACCUCAAAUCAAUUUCCUGGAAAAUUUUACCUAUAUAUUAUGAAUCAUAAUUUCUCAAUAUAAAAAUAGUAUAAAUUAAUUUCAACAGAUUGUAUAUUGAAUGAGUUACUAAAUUGUAAAUAAUUUGAAUUAAUGCUCAAAUUUACUUUUUUUUGUAUUGAUGUUCAUUGUCAAUUGUAUUUUCUUCCUAUUUUUAUAUUUUGUUUGUUCGUACCUAUACUCCAUUCAAAAAAUUCAAAACGUGUUAAAACAAAAAGUAACUCAGUGCCUACCUAUCUUAAAUGGUAUGCAAUUUCUUUUAUUUAUCUGAUUAUUGUUUGUAAACAAAAUCUAAACACAAUAAUUCCUUCGACAAAGUUGUUGGCGACAAUAAGUAAAUAUGCAUUUGUUCGUAUUUUUAAUUAUAUUUAUCGAUAAUAUAGUAAUAUCUUUGUAUCUAUGCAAAAUCUUUUCUAUUAAGUCGGUAUCAUAGUAAUAUGCGUUUAACGAUGAUUAUUCAUACGUGCGAUAUAAUAGAAAAGUAUCUACACCUAGUACAUUAUUAAAGGUAGGAACUCCCAUGGGUUGUCUUUUUGUUUUAGAUUUUUACUUUUUUAAACAACAGAAGUAUAACGAGUUUGAUUCUUUCGCGAGAAUAUUAGCUAAGAUAAUUAGAAAGUAAUUUAUGGCUUGGAUUUUAAGUGAAGUGAGGAAUAUAUUAGGUUUAGGUAGUUUUAUUAUGAUAAUGUGUAGAUAUGUGUUUUUUCAUGUCUGCAAACAACUUUUCUACCAGCAAUCUUGCACAAAUCAAACACUUUAUAGGAACUUCCAUGUAAUAUGUUUGAUUUAAUUGAUAAAUUGAAUAGGCCAUUUUGUGAUUUUCCAUGUAGUUCUCUUCUUAAAUGAGAAAACUGGCAAUUUUUCUUUUAUAAUUUUUGUUUAUUUUUCUGUUACCUUGGCAACAAAAAAAAUACCUAGGAAAAAAAUACUUAUACUUUACUCAAAAUUGUAUUCUGCAGCAAUGGUUUAUCGUUGCGUACAAUUUUAAUUUAAAUUAUCUAUUCCUAAUUAUAUCCUCUCUUAAUACUUUUCUCCUAAAGCACAGUAUCAGCCGUAUCAGUCUUUUUUUUUCUGAAGUUACCCGGAUGAAAACUGAUAUCUAACAUAUGUUAUAUAGGUAGUAAAACGGAUUUCCACAUAUAUAUUAUAUACAAUAUCCUCAACUUUAUAACACCUAAUUAAACACCAGCGGGAAGUGAUGUAGAUUAGUUUUUAGUUUUCUGUGCACCGGCGGUGGCGGUAAUAUCGAUUUAACGCCGAGAGGGUUUCGUUCCGUAAACGCGCGCAGUGUUCGUCCAUUUGCCCUACAAGGGGUUCCCAGACGAUCGCCAUUUAUUAUAUCCUGUGAGCCGGAUGAGUGAGAGAGAGAGAGGCAUGGAUAUAACGCUAUUGUAGGCCUAUAAUAAUAAUAAUAAUAAUAAUCGUUAGUGUUGUUCAGGUGACUAAUAGAUUCGUGAUAAAGAAAAAGAACCGUGCUUACAUGUGCAGGGGGAAGGAAGUAUAUGUAAUGGUGGAGAGAAAUCAAUUUAUUAAUGAUGAUUUUAUCUUCUAUCGUAAUAAAAUAAUGUCGAAUGAAGAUUAAAAAAAACACCUAUGUAGUUAUAUAGUCAUCGAGCCGAAAUAUUGGAUCCUUAUUAGGUGCCCAACUAUACCAUACGUGUCAUAAAAGUAACUGCAGUUAUCUUAUCGUGAACAUAUUAUUUUGUGUAGUCAACACGAUAAUAUAAUAUUAUGUUCAUAAUCUAACAUAUAAUAUAAAGACGGGUUCGUAAAAGAGAAAAAAACAAAGCUAUAAAAUUUAUCAUGUAAAAUUAAUUUUAUCACCAAAUUAUAUAAAAUAUUAUCUAUAAUAUAAUACGUAUGAUUAGGUAUUCAUCUAUACUACACAAUUUGAAAAACUAAAAUUUCACCUAGUGGCUAAGGGAACGUGGUUAGAGGUUUAUCCCAUCUCCCAUUGGCUUAGAAGUACAAAACUCUGAGUGUUUAUUUAGUAAUUUUAUUUUGGAAUUGUGUACUUUAACCUGCAAGUUACCAAGAAAAAAAAAGCUUGAUUUAUUAAACAAAAAUUGGUCUUUUUGAAUCAAAUUUUUAAAUUCUUAUUGUAUCAGGUUAUAGGUAUAAAAAAAAAUUCCAAAAUGUAUUCAUGAAUCGUGAUAAUAAUUAUUUACUGUAUCCCCUCUCAUUGAAUAUUCCAGGACAUGCCAUUGAAUUUCUCUUGUCUAAGAAAAGAAAUCGACGACGCACGUGAUGUCGAGGCAUUAUCUUUGUCAAAAAAUGGUUUAGGCGUUUUGGAUUUAUCGCGGCGGCGGGUUGUAUAAUAUUGAUAGCAUUUUAAUCCCGCCUCGAGAAAUUAUUUGACUAUCAACGCUAUUAGUAGAUUAUUGCAAAGGCCGCUGCUAUAGACCGGAGUCUUGUUUUGUUUUUUUUUUAUUCAUUGUUUUGCUCAAUUAUAUAAUAAGUACUUAUUACUUAGGUAUAAUAAUAAGUAAUCCCAGUUAAUGGCGCACCAGUUUAAUUAUCCAUAUUUUUUCUACCCUAUUCUUUUACUAUAAUAUUGUAUACGCACGCACUGCCUCGCGUGUCUAAGAAUAAUCAAUGCGGCGUUUUCGCAUCUAUAAUCGUAACUUCAAUAUUCAUUAUUAAUAUUAUCGUUUGGGAAUAUUAAUUUAUUUUUUUGUUUUUUAAGUAUCGAAUUAUAUACGAAAAUUCGAUAAUAAACGAGACCAGUGGAGAAGGGGGGAGAGACUAUGCAUAUAUAAAAAAAGUAAAGAAUGUAUGUAAUACUAUUUUAUAUUUUUAUUGUGGACGAUAAAAAUAAAUAUAAAUUAAUAUUAUGUGUUAUUGUAAAAAUAAUUUUUUUUCGCAGUUUAUGCUAUUGUUGUCGUUUGAUUAAAAACUAUUUACCGGUAUCAUAUUAUUAUCGUUGUCUUUUUGUUCAUUGAAUUAUAUCAGACAACUCGUAGAAAUAAUAAUAUUUUUAUUAUUUUUGGUGUACAUUUUGCUGUAAUGUCGAUUGAUAAACUUCACGAUUUUCGUCGUUAUGUGUAUGUAUAAUGUACACAUAUUAGCUAUUGUUUUGCCGUCGUAUAAAAUACAAAAAAAAAAAUCCUAAUCACCUAAUAUUAUAUACGUACUUAAACUAGGACUUAUUGCGUAACAAAUACAAUGAGUGUAUUGUAUAUAAUUAUAAUAUAUUUACGGGAAAAGCCCCGGAACUGCGGGACUUUUUUUUUUUGUAAUACAUCCCAACAUUAAUCAUUUUCGAGUUAUCUCUUGUUCUUUUAAUUAAUAAUCUUGGUGUCGCAUCAAAUUCUUCCCGAGUAUAGUCGUAAGAAAAACUCAUUUUUUACUCUACUAUCUGUUUGACUAUUUCAUACUUAGGUACUUAGUACAUAUACUUACAAAGUGUUUUAAUCUCACUUAACAUACAAAAUUAUUUUAUCGUACAACACUUAUUAAUUUCGAAAAGUAUUAACUUUUUUCAAAGCAUUUUUUUUCUUUUUUGUUUUGGCCAUUUAAGAAACUCUAAAGCAGCUUUAAAAUGUUACAUUACCGUUAUUUAUUGUUAUCCUUAUUUUUGGGGCGUGUAACUGUAAAACGUCAUUACUUUUCGAAAUAAUAUGUGUUGUACGACAAAAUAAUGGCUUUAUAUUUGAACGUUUUAGAGUUAAUUAUUUUGAUAUUCUUAUUACUUAGUAAUUUUUUUCCUUGCAUUUAUAAUAAUAAUCAAUAACGCCGUACGCCUCGGUUUUAGACAUAGAUCCGGAAUAUUAAAGGCGAGUAGGACCUGCAAACAUCAUCUCGAAGUCGGAAUUCUAAAUUUAAAUUUUUUACCUUUUUAGUUUUUUCAAUGAUUUUUUUUUAUAUUGAUUUCUGAACUGUUGUUUACUCGGGGAGAAAAAAAGACUUCUAUAUGGAUGUUAUUGCAACCCUGAAAGUGUACAAAGCUUUGCUCACUGCUCAGAAUAGUGUUUUUAUUGCAAUGAUUUAUUCGUCCUUUUUAGUAUGCACAUAAUAUACUAAUAAAUUACCAUCUACUGUAUAUAAGACCACACUUGUACUGUGAAUAUAUUAUCUAUAGUAUGUCUGGUUAUUUGUUUUAGAUUAUUAUUGUUUAUUAGCCGAGUAUAUUAGUUUAUUAUAUAAGACUGGCUGAAUUAAAUUACCUGAGAAAUUAUAAUAUUAUAUUCCAUUUAUAAUACCUAUUUGAUUAAUCAAUUUCUAUUAAUCGUAAAAAUAUUAUGGAUAUUAUAUUAAAUUAAGUAUAUUAUAGAUCAUUUUUUAUUGUAGAAUUACUGUUUUAAUACGGUUUAUUAAUGAAGAAUGUACAAGUAAAUAAUAAUUUAAUGUGGCCCUAUGUUAAAAUAUAAGACUAAAUUUGACGAUUUGUAACAUCAUAAAAAUCUAAAUAAAAUGUUAGGCUACCUCGUUUUUAUUACUUUGGCUGUAUUUUAUGUUUUUACACAUUUUUAAAAACAGUAAAACAAAUCCGAUUUGCAUAGAAAUUCAUUACGAAAAAAUAUAUAAUUUGGUUUAAAAAAUAGAUUUAUUCAUUUUCAAUAUAACUAUUUAAAUAAAAUUACCAUGCGUGAUAAAACGAUUUUUUUCGUGUACCAAAGAUAACUAAUUUAUACACGUUUAGUUAAUCAUAUUUUUAUCUAUUCCAUUUGUUGUAGAUACGAAUAAUUCAAUACCUAACUUUCGGAAAAUUAAAAAAAAAAAUGGUUUAUUUCCUUAAGUUUUAUUUGAAUAAAACGCUUGUCUGUACAACAUACAUUAACUAGUACAUAACCUUUAACUUUGUUUAUUAUGAGAUCAUAAUAAUCAAUAGUUUUUUUUUUAUAUAGAAAAGCUCUAAAUGGGCUUCAUAGGUAUAUUCAAUUCCUAAACUAUAAAUUGGUAAAAUUGGUGAGAAAAAUAUUGCAUUUAUUAGAGAUCUUUUAAAUUGUCUCAUUGUUUUUGAUUAUAACAACGAGUAAAUACGACGAUGGUGCGCUCUGUGCUGAUACACGGUAAUAAUUAUUAUUAGACCACAUUGGAGUUUUAUUGUAAUAUCUUUGUACGAAGCAAAGAAUGAAGCAUAAUUUUACGAUUACUUAUAUCAUUAUUGUAUAAUUAUUUUUAGCUUUAUUUUGUAGUUAUAAUUUAUAUAUUUUUUCAGAUUUACAGUAUCAUCGAAAGGAAUGAAGUAGCCAAUAAUACGAUACACAUUAGAAGUGUUACGGUUUUUGCUCCCAACAAUGAUGCGUUUCAAAAGUAUAAUAAACUUCCAAACGAUGAUGCAAUUUUACCGUGCUAUCAUAUGAGUGAGUAAUUUUAAAAUUUUUUUUUUAAUCUAUUUACUACUCCUGUUCAGAACGUGUAAAAAUAUAUGAAAUCUAUCUUAUCGUAUCCUAUAAACGCUCCCAAACGAAAUUACAGUAGAUUACAGUCUCUGUUUAUAUUGGUUGUUACAUAAUAUGUGUAAGUGAAAUUAAAUCUUUGUAUUGUUCUUUGAAAUAUUAAAGAAAUCUAAUGUUUAAUACAUAUAAUACCGGCAUUAAAAUUAUUUGUAUCGAAGUAAAGAACUUAAACAUUUUUUUAAAAAUUAUAUAUUUGAAAUUUACAGGUAGGUACACAAUUUUGAUAUUUAUAUUAAAAAAUGAAUGGCCUUUUUUUAAUGCUAUAGUCGCUUGUUCUUUUUUAAUUCUACCGGCCCAUUUUUAUCACUGGAUAUUUAUCAAAUAUUGGGAAUAACUGAGAAAUAUUAUUAAGCGUUUUUCUAGUGCACAAUAACUAUAUCUUUUACAUAAUAACAAAAAUAUAAAAGAGCUAAUACUGGGGGCAGGCUAACAAUUGUAUUCACACAGUAACUCAAAAAUGGCUCAAAUGUUUUGUCAAUUUACCAUGCAUAUAAAAAUCAAAUAUAAGUUUUCUAUCAAAAUUUCAAGUCUCUACGAAUUUUUUAACUAAAUUGAAAAAAAAAUCGAAAUAAUAAUAAAGCAUUAUUUUCGUACAUUUUCCCGUUUUUCUCCAAUUAUUUUGAAAACUACCUAGAAAAUCAAAAAAACAAAUUACUUACUCACCUAUCGGAUUGAAAAUGCAAUGGAAAGGUGUCAUGUCGUUUUUCUAUUAGAAUAAUAAUUCUAGUAGAAAACAUCGUGCAUGCGUAGAAAUUUAAACUAACGAAACCGUACGCCACGGCUAAAUUUGUUCCGUUUCAUCAUAUUACGUCUUUAUAUUUAUCUAUAUAAUAAAACUCGCUCCAAAAAAAUGUAGAGACAAAUAUAUUUAUUGAACCUAUACAUAGAAUACACAAUAUUAUAUUGCAAAUACAUAAGAUUGUGCGUGUAUACAUUUUUAAUAGGGGGUACAUUUUAUUUUCGUAUAGAUAUCUACAUCAAUUAUGGGCAAUGAUACUGGAUUUUCCCGGGGGUAGAUUGGCGUAAUAGAAAUAGAUGUUAAAGAGGAAAUGGAAGUUACGGUGCAUUAACGUACGCACGGGAGUGUCCACGGUCUUUAGACCCAAUAACAACAAUAUGACGGUGUGCAGUGUAGGUAGGUACCGGACAUGUUCAAAUCACAUUGAUCAGUAGUUUUAAACGCGUUUGUCCGUUAAAAAACCACGUAGAAGUAUGUAUUUUGUUUAUACCGUUGCAGUAGGUAGGCAGGUAGGUAGGUAUAUUGAAACGUAAUUGUGGUAAGUAUAUAAAAAACGGUUUCUAUCUUCUUAUAACCGGUCUUGUUAAAAAACAUUAUUAUCGCCACAGCGCCGGUGACCACAGAGAUACUUUUAGGUUUUUUUUUUUUCCCUAAAUGUCAUGUCAUCAGUAUAGAUUCGAUUGUGAAUUUAUGUAUAUAUAUAUAUAUAUAUUUUUUUUUUUCUACGAGAUUCGUUUAAUAUCUUAACCGUAAAACCGCUUAUCGAAUAAUUAUUAAAUACUUAUUUUUUUUUUAUACAUUUUUCUUUAUUACACGACGAAAACUUUUAACUAUUGUUGUCAAAACGAAAAAGUGCAGUAAAAUUUUGAAAAUAAUUAUUUUAAAAUUAUUUUAAAUACUUUAAAUUUCCCUCUUCCCUUCCAACUUCUCACCUACAACAGUGACCCACUCAUCUUACUAAGUAUGUCAAAUUUUUAAAUUUAAAUUUAAAUUUUCAAAAUUGUUGAGCUAUUUAUAGAAAUUUUAACUUUGCGAAUUUUUAACGUAAUUUUUAUUUAUUAAGUACUCUGUGAAUAAAAUUGUUAGAUAAAAUAGAAAUACUUGAGAGUUUGACAGGAAGUUAUUAUAACUCGUACUUAGUGGUAAAAAACAAACUGAGUUUAUGUAGUAUUAUUUUUUUUGAUUAUAUAUAUGUGUGUGUAUAUAAGUUUUUAAAUCAAAUUUUGAUGAAAACCGUAAAUAUUACGACCUUACGACCUUUCAAAAUAUUUAUAACUGAACUUCGCUUUAAAUUGUUUUUCGUUAGCAAUAGUUUAUUGUUGGUUACAGAUAUAAAUUAAAUAACUUUAUGUGUCCCACUUUCCUAACUACCCACCUAUUACAGUGGUCGCACCAAUAUCAGCUCUUUUUUUCUUAUUAUGUCCGAUUGAGUUUUUGAUAGUAAAUAAUCAGCAUUAUGAAUUUUUGUUUAUUCGUUUAGUUAUCCUUAAGUUGUAUACAUAUUGACUAUGGUAUAAUAAUAUGUUUGUAAAUUUACCGUGGUGUCUUGAGGACGUAAUAUUAUAAUGAAUAUCGAUAAAUAACAUUAACUUAACGUUUAUGUUUGGCUCUGGCUUCGGAUUUUUAUAAAUAUAGAAACUAUGAUACAAAAAUUUCAAAAUAUAUUAAUAUAAAACGGUUUUUCAAUGUAUUUUUAUUUUGAUUUAUUAUGCAUAAUUUAUACAAUUUAAUUCGUACAAAAUCCAUACUAAAUAGACUACGCCAUUUAUUUUUAAUUAAGUAUACUGUUUAACAGUGCCAAGUUUUAAACUGCAAAGUUAUUUACUUAAUUACGAAAUGACGAUUACAUUUGAAGAUGUAUAGUGAGUACAAUAUAAUCUCCCAGUAUUUUGUUGUCUUCACUGUCAACAUUAUAUUCUGACAAAGACCAUUUACACUAUUAUACAACACGCUUUGUUUAAAAUUUGUUUUUAAAAAAAAUCUCUUCUUUUAUACUUCUUAUACUAGAUAAUCUGGUAUAUUAUUUAUCUUUUGAUUUUCAAAUAAGGUAUAAAAAUAUCAGUCGUACUUACAUUUCAUUUUCAUUUUUCAAAGUAGUUAUUUUUCAGGACGUUAUUAACGCAUUAAGUUCGCAUUAACGCUCUAGUUUAAUUAUUUUAAGUAUUCGUAAUUCAUGGGUAAAUAUGGGGGUGAUGCAUCAGAUAAGAUAAUCUAUACAAAUAUAAUAUGUUUGAUUGUUUUACCCUUCUCGUUUCUUCAUCAGUUCGUAUUUUUCAUUAUUUUAAUAAACUGUUUAUUCAUAUAUUAUUAUAAUUAUAUUUCUGAAUUUUUAUCUACUUUCUAUUCCUUAUAUAGUAAACGCUUUUAAACCUUAGGUUAGGUCAUGAUUUAAGUAAUGUCUAUUAUAGGUAUUAAACAUACGUAGGUUUUCUUAAAAUUAUCGUUUUUAUAGAUUCAUAUUACAUACAACUUUUUGGUCCCAGGUAUUAAUUCCAAGGGGAAAUUUAAUACAUAUCUGUACGCAACGAUUAAUUAUUGCUAUCGAAAAACUAUCCUGAGCGGAGUUCGGUUACGCAUGUUUUGGAAGAUCGUAAUAUUUACGAUUUGAAAAUAAUACAUUUUUAAAUUUUCCCGUUUUUCCUAUAUUUGUUCCCAUUUAUCAUGAAAACACCUGGAAAAAUCAAAAAAUGAUCCUAGUGUAUCACGCCAGUCGAAUUUCCUUUCAGAAAAAGUGCUGCACAUGAAAACUGGAGCAACAUUUUUGGUUGAAAAGUUAAUAGACAAAAAAAUAAAAAUAAACAUCAUCGCGUAAAACCAAUAAAUUCCUCGCUCCGAUCACAAUCUAAAAAUACAUAUUUUAUAACCUAUUUUAAAAUGUUUUAAUUAUUUUUAAUUAAAAAAAUAUUUGUUUUUAUUUAUUUUUUUUUAAAAAUUAAGAUGAUAAAUAUUAAAAACAUUAUUACCAUAUAUAGCAACCGUAGCGGUGAAAUUGGAAGAAUUGGGAAGUUCUGUAUUGACUGAUCUGGAUGCUAAUCCUCCAAUAUGGAUUACAAAGAAGAGCCCAGAAGACAUAUAUGUAAACCAAGCCAAGGUUAUUAUUGGUUUGUCCAACUACGGGCAUAACCUUCCGAACGGAAAACUUCAAGUGAGAAUUAAGAUAAAAAUAAAUUAUUUGUUGUUACAAUAUAUUAUAAUUGUUGUCCUUUAUCGGUGCUUAAAUAGGUUUUGCAUGUUAUCGACCAAGUCUUAGAGCCUUUGCGUUUGAAAGAUCCUACUUCAACUUUUCCUUCGUACCCUGAUGCAUGGCAAUUCAUGGAGAAUAUUGAAAAACUGGAAGUAAAUAAUCUCCAUACCAGGUAAAUGUCAAUAUAAUUAUAUUACAAUAUAUCGCCUAUAGUUGUAAUUUUCAUUUUAUAUUUUUCGGGGGAGAUUUACUACUAAACAAAUAAUAAACCGUCUUAUAUAAUAAAAUCAAUCUUUAAAAUGGAUUAUAAUUAUAUGACUUUGUAUUGAUGUUCUUACACACAUUCUCAUAAUCUCAUCCAUGUUAGGUAUUUUUCCGUGAAUUAAGAAAGUCAUCAUCUGAAAAUGUUUUUUAACUGACGAUAUUUUGAAUUCGUUUACUUAAACUAAAAUAAAAAAUAAAUCUGGUUAGGUUAUAGAAUAAUAAAAAAAUGGGCUUAUAUUUCCACGUUUUGUUAAAAUUUAACUAAUUUUAUUAUUUAAUUGUGUAUUUGUGUAAUUAAUACAUACACACAUUUAGUUUUUAAUAUUGGUUUCUGAAGAAAAAUUGCACAGAAAAAAAAUGUAGAUUACUUAAUAUAAUACUAAUUAUAAUGAACUCUCUGAUUUGGCCAAAACAUCAAUAACUCACAUAAAUCCAAAAAUAGUGUACGAAAUUACGUGAUUUUUACGAUUUCCAUUUAAAUUUUAAUUUUUAAUUCGUAUGUAAAUAAUUACGUUAUGUAUAUUACGUUAAACUUUUUUUUUUAAACUAGUUAUUAAAAUUUAUAAUGAACCUCAUCUAAAAUUUGGAAGCAUUUCUGUUCGAAUAAAACUUUUUACCUGCCCAAAACCAUAUAAAAAAUAAGAAAAAAAAAAAUUUGAAAAUUGCAUAUUUUAUAAAUAGCUCAAAUAUCGGCAGAAUGUUUAAAAAAUUUGACUACGUCUAGAAAAGGCCAAUAUAAGUAUUAUAAGCAAUAAGCAUUCUAUGAAUAUUUCAGGUUUCUACAUUUGUAACCGAAUUGCAACGGAAAAAUCAAAAUCGAAAAUAAUGAAAACGUUAUUUCAGUAAACUAUUCCGUUUUUCCCAAUUAUAAAGAAAACUGCAAUAAAAACCUAAAUAUUACCUUCUGAAUGCUCCAACUGUUUAAAAUUUGCUUUCAUAAAAGGUUUUACACUUGAAUUAAGGAGUAAGAUUUCUGGUUGAAUAUUUAUUCACGCACACAAUAGAAAAAAAUAUCUAAAAGCAUCGCGUAUACAAUCGGAGUAUUUUAUAACGCAUCUAUUAACUUUAUAGGUACUGUAAAUCGCUAUUGAAUUUUAAAUAACAAUAAUAAUAAUAAAAAAAAAAAAAAAAUGACGUCGUUGUCAUUUUGUCUCGUAUACGACUCAUUUCCUUUAUCGUACCGUUUUGUUAAUUACGUUUAAUCGUUUUUUCUUCGUCUUUUACAUUUACACCCACUUCCAUCGUUCAGUAUAUAUGUUUAAUUACCCAGUUGAAGGGUCUACGUCGUGUAUACCAUCAUCUCGGUCAGUGGCAUACCACGCAUUUCUACUCGAGCAUCCUGUUUACCGUUGGAAACGGAUCAUCUCCGUUCCAUCUCGCUUAAUAUGUUAUUUCACUAUAUCAGUAUAAUAAUAAUUGAGUACUUAAUUUAAAUAUUAUUAUGUUUAACUAUCGGGGAAACAGUAGUAAAUAAUUAUGAUGUAAUAAUUAACUCCGAACGGCAUUAGAACUUUGUAAUAUCUUUAUAAUAUAAUUUAUAUAUAUUAUAUCUUACACAUUAUUUUACAUAUUUUAUAUACGGGUUAUAUACGUAGGUGGUUUUUCUUCUUCUAAUGAUUAAACCAUUCCAUAAAAUCAGUUAAAUUCUUAAAUUAUGUUUAUUUUGUUUCUCAAUUUUAUUUUUGUAGUUCAGAAUCGUUUUGUAAUUUAAAUAAUUCAUCGUUGCUUUCAGAAUAUAAACUAAUAAUUACCAUAAUGUAAUAUACUUCAUUUUCUCCAUUUCUCACCCACUACAAUGGCUUACUAAUGGAGCCCUACUGUAUACUUAUAAAAAUAAUAUAAAAUGCGUGUACAAAAUAGUAAACACAAAUACCUUGCACGAUAGAAGGCCAUUUUCGUAGAUGAAAAGUUGGAAAGGUAGGAUAUAGAAGGAAAUUUAAUUUAUAUUCGUACGCAAUGAUAAACAUUUACUAACGGAAAACGGUUUGGAGCGAAGUUUCUUUGAUAACUGUACGUACAUUUUCCGGUUUUCCUACAUUUUCCCGGUUUUGCUCAAUUAUUAAAAAAACUACUUAGAAAAUCAAAAAUCAACUUUCUUGGUGACUAAUCACCAACUAAAAAAAACGAAAAGAUCUCGUUGUUUUUCGUAUAUUAUACAAAUAUUAAAUAUAUGAUGUGUAGGAACAAAAAUAUAAAAUUUCGGACUUAAACAAACACUAUUUGUUUACUCUAAAUUUACUAAAUGUCUAGUUUGUUAUAACUAUACAAAUCAUUCACGGUUUGAUUAAACUUUUACCAGUUGAAGUACCAACACCGUAAUAUAUAUGUAAAGAUUUAUAAUAAUUUUUAACUUAAUAAUUUAUAUAUUAUAUUAAUAAUGAAUUUGUAUUUUGUUCAAGUUCUUUUUUUCAACGAGUACUAAGUACAAAUAAAAAGAGUGUGUUUUCAAAUCAAGGCGGACACACGUUUUUCAUUCCAGUGGAUGAUAUUGAUUCUGAAGUAAGUAUAGUAAAAAAAAAAAUAAUAAUAAUAAUAAGUUAUUUUUGUUAUAAUAUUAUAGUAUUAUUUAUUCUAGAAUUUACAAAUAAGUACCUACUUGCAUGACGUGUAUAAUCCUAAUAUCCUAAUACUUUGUGUUAUUAAGGGAAAUGCCUCUACAUUAUUAUUUUUUACCAAUAAAAAUAAUAUUGAAUAGGUAUAGUCCGGCCAGCGAAAGAACACUACUUAGCGGUGACCAAAACUCAUCCGUUCUCGUGUAUUCCUACAGCAAGUAGAUAGUUAAGUGGGAGAAAUUUGGGCACAAAACCGCGGAGCUUCUUCAUAUAGAUGCGCGAAGGAGUAGCGUUCUCUCAACGGCCGGAGUAUAGAUUAUGUAGUAUCAUGUAUAGUAUUAUGUAUAUUAGUAAUGCUAUUCACAUUAGUCUACGACAUUAUGUAUCUAUGUCAAAAUGCCUAACAUUAGUUUAUGAUUUCCCAAAAACACAAUUUUCCUAAAUCUAGAUACCUACCUAAUUAAAAUUGUUUCAGUAUAUUAUCUACAUAGUGAAAUCAUAUUUUCAAUCUUAAAAAUAAUAAUUUUCUAUUUAUGUAUCUGUGUAUUUGAGCUAAUAAAGACUAAAACAAAUAUAUAAUUAUUCAUAUUAAUAUAAAACUAACCUAUGAGGUUGUACAAUCUCCAAAUAUGAAAUGGGAUUCAGGAGAAACUUAAAUUUUAAAGAUCCAAAACAAAAUUUGUUUUUGUCUUAAGACUCCCCCCCUCCCUUUUCAGUGAAUUAUAAAAACUGGGUCCAUAAAUAUAUUCAUGUUAUAGGUACUUGAAUGUGUUAUUGCAAUAUUUAAACUCAUUAAAUUAUUUAUUUAAUUAUUGUAACUCAGAAAUGUAUUGGAUAAUUCUGGUUAAAAAUGUUACAAUAGGAAAAAAAAAAACUUAAACAGUAGAGCUUUGCACUAUGGUCGAGUUAAAUUUUCCCUAGCUGAAUUUUUGUUACAAUAUUUGAUCCUUGAUAACAAUUCUAUUUAUGUAUAUAAUAUAUACAUACAUUUUAAUACAAUUAUUUGCUUCGUGGAUAUGUAAGGAUAUUUAAUAUUUAAGACUCAGUAUUUCCUGUGAAAAUAUAAAAUUUGAGCUUAAAAUUAGGUGAGGUGGAGGUUGAAAAUUGAAAUUAUCAAAAAGGAUAUUUUGAAUACUUAAUCGUACAUGUACAAAAUGUCACCCCCUGGCUUCGUUUGGGGAGAUGUAGGGGUGUAAAAAGUCAAAAGUAAUAUUUUUCUCUUUAUUAUCUAUAUAUCGUGAUUUUUAUACCCAACUUGCAUAUUAAAUUAUACUUGAAAUAAUUUAUAUUUAGUACUAAAUAUACUAAUAUUUUAAUUAGGUCAACAUUGAAGUAUCAUAAAAUAAUUUAAUAUUACAAUUAUUAUUUUUUAUGUUUAUAACAAAUAAUAAUCUCUUGUUUACAAGAGAUUUCUUGUAACAAAUUUAUGUUUUUCUUUAGAAUACUAAAAUAAGAUUUGAUAAAAUCGAUGAGAAAGUGGUCGACGCACAUGUUAUCCCUGAUAAUGUAUUGUUUAUGGGACCAACUGAUGAGCAUACACAAUUCAAAACUUUAGCGUUCACAGACAUGCUUAGAGUUUUUGCAUCUAUAGCAUCAGAUGCAAAGGAUAAAAACGAAAACAUCUCUUGUAAGAUAAUAUAUUAUGCAUUAACUUUAAUAGAUUUAUUUUUAUUUUAUAUAAAAUAAUAUAUAUUUCCUACAUUACAAUGUUGUGUACUAGUUUCUUUACAACUUUUAUAAUAUAAAAAUUGUUUAACUCAGAUUUUGUAAGCAGUGAUACCAUUGUCCGCGAUGGUGUCCAUAAUACCGGCGCUGUUGUAGCAAAAAUCCUUAAAGCCAACAUACCUGUUAAAAAUGGUGUGGUCCAUUUGAUAAAUAAACCAUUAAUGAUUGUGGAGAAUAAUGUGAAACAAUUUAUUGAGGUUAGUUAUUGAUUAUUUAAAAUAAAUUGCAUAUCAAUUUAAAUUGUCAUUGUGUAUCAUAUUUGACACAUUUGAACAUAAAUAACCCAGUUACACGAGGUAAGAUUUUAGACACAAUUUAUCAAAAAAAUAGAAGUAUUUAGUAGAUAUAAUUAAAUAAGUAAAUAAACUUUUAAUAUUUUUACGUGAAAUACUUUAAUGCUUUUGUACCUUGAAGGAGCGAAUUGAAAAAAUAAAAUUGUUUAAUUACAUAGUUUUCUCAAUUACAAAAUUGUAAAGAAAUAAAAUUGAAUAUUUGUCUUCCUAUUUGUUCAAAAUAUUCCAAAUGUUUUCCAUUUACUGCCCUCUUGAUGUAUGUGAUAAAAAUGUGAACCUCUAUAGAUAAAUAAUAAGUAUUAACUUUUUUUUUAAAUUUAUUUUAUAGACAAUUUAAAAAACAAGCAGCUCUACAAUUUUACUUUUAUGUUAUUUUUGGUGGUAAAACCAUUACCCCUUUUUCAAAUGGUAACUUAUAUUAAAAAUUCUAUACAUGGACAAAGUAUUAGUUAAAAUAAAUUUUCGUAUUCCGUCAAUCCAUUAACUAGAUAUUUAUUCUGAUUAUUAUCUGAGAUAAUAAGUGUCUUGUGAUAGAUUGAUCACUCCGUAUAUAAUAUAGUAUAAGAAAACCAAUGAACCUGUAUUAAUUAUCUUGAUGAAAUUUGCAAAAAUAUAUUUAUAUUUUUUAUUCACUAAUAUGUUUUUGGAUGUAGAAAGAUGAAACUAGUCAAUUACACAAAUUCUACGAGGCAAUCAAGGAUUCUGACAGUAAUUUCAUGGAUCAGCUCAAAACUAAGGAAAACUUUACACUUUUCGCACCUUCCAAUGCAGCAUUUGAGGAUCCUAGUAUUCAGUCGUAUCUGGGCAAUCACACAUACAUCAAGUCGUUACUAUACUUACACAUUGUCAACAAACGUCUGACCAUUAACGACAUUGAUAGUGAAUCUGUUGAUAAGGUAUAUUAUCUACAUUACAUGUUUAGCUAUUACUCGCCUAUUUAUUAUAUAUUUUUAUUUAUGUGGUAUGUUUUAAAUUAGUAAAAAGGCUCCAAAUUGUUUAUAUCCUAUCUUAAAAGAUGCUAAAAUACUUGCCCAAUAAUACUUAAUUAGAAAAACUGUCUAGAAUGUAGAUAAUUUUAAAAAAGAUAAAUUUAUAAAACUAACAACUUAUUGUCAAUACAUCAGUAAAAAAAAAAAAAAAAAAACUUGACUAAUAUUACUAAUAUUACUAUUCUUGCAAUGGUUUAUAAUUAUUGUAUGUAAACUUAGUUACACCUAUAUAUCCUCCUUUCCAACUACUCAUACACAAUUAUGAUCCAUGAACAAUAUCAAAAAUCAAAACACUAAAUUUCAAAGAAGUAGUUACUUACUUUAAUCUAACAUAAUAUUUUUAGUAGAAAUGUGAUGAACUGUUUGAUUUUCAAAAUGAAAAUUGCAAAUAAUCGAACCGAACCAAAUACCUAAUAGUUCGGUUUAAAAAUCAUUUGUUGCAAAUUUUGCGUCGUCACCAAUAGGAUGUUCUGUAGUGGGACAGAAGAGUGUACGAUAAAGACAAAUUCUAUAUUUCCACUUUAGUGGGUCUAUAAUUGUAAAACACGGAGCCGAGCAGUUUGAGAACCUAGAUUUUUGACCUAACCUAACCUUUUUACUUUUUUUAAUGUUCGAGUCCGUGUUUGAUAAAAUAUUUUAAAAGUUCGGUUCGGUUUGGAUUCGAAGAAAAAUGUGUAGGCUCAGUUCAAUUCUAAAAUUUAGGGUUCGUAACAUCUCUUAAUUUAUUAGCUAUCUAACCAUUAAUAUUGAUGUUCAUUUUUGUUUUUUUUUUCAUGUUAAUAUUUCGAGAAACCUAGGGACAUACCAAUAUUAUGGACUUAAUAAUUAUGUGCUGAUUUCAAAAUUACACAUUUUUUUUUUUUUCAUAAUUUAAAAAUCUAACAAAUAAACACCAAAAAGUUUCUAACUUAAAAACUAAGCACAAAACAUCCAUCUAGUCAAAGUUUUUCCAUUUGGUUUAAAUCCACUUUACGUAGGUAGUUUACAUUUUAUUAAAAAGUAUUUGAUUGUUUCAUUCAACCCUAUCUAUUUCAUUAAAAACAUACAUAUUUUAUAUAGGUACUUUUUAAAUAAUUAAUGUUCAACUCAUGUGCAAUGUACAGUAAUAGGGUAAAAUCAACUAAACAAUGUUGUGUAAGACUCUGAAUUGAUUAAAUAAACUUCAAAUUAAAUGUCUUAAAAUGUAAUUUUCAUUUUGAAUAGAAUAUUAAUUUUUUACUAGUUAAUAAAUAUAAAAUACUAGUAGCAGAUUUUGUCUUCGAUAUUAUUAUUAUGUUAUAUAUGAAUUAUUUUUUUUAUCCUGAAAUGAAAAAAUGACAUCAAAUUUACUGAAAUUAAAUUACUAAUAAUAUUUUACUAUUCACAUAAUCUAACUUCAUUUAAAAAUGUAUUUUGUAUAUUAACUUAACUGAUUGCGUACAAUGAAGGUUGGUAAUUAGUGGUGUUCCGUCUUAUUUAAUACCUCCAGAAAAAACAUAAAUUUACUUAUUUUUGUAUUAAAACAACUAUUAUAAAAUAUUGUUUAAUUAUUUUAUAGAAUAAAAUAUACAUGCAAUUUUACAAUAAUAUACAUAUGUACCAAAUACACCAUAAAUAUAGAAUACAUUCGGAUGCUUGGAUAUUCUGGGUUUACACAGAGACAAAUAAUGAAAACAAAAAAAUCAGCAUUAAAGUAAAACAAUGUUAGCAGUCCGCCUAUUGCCUACCCCUGGUGUAUACACUUAUUCCAAUUCUCAAGUAGAUUUAAAUAAAUACAUUGGCAGAAAUUAUGGUGCUUGAAGGAGUCUAAGCCCAUUCAAAACGUGUAAACAGAUAAAUUAGUCCCCUUCAAAUUACUAAUUACUAAUUACUAAUUUAAUGUGGGCAAAUUUAAAUAAAUAGGCUACAUAUUUCUAUCAAUAUUAGGCAAAUUGCAAUCUGAUUAAUGAUUAAAGAUUACGAUUAAAAUUUAUAGUUGUUAAUCAUAAUAUAAAUUAAUAUAAGAAAUAAUGUCAAUAAAAAAAAUAGAUUAAAUGAUUAAUGUAAUCAUGUAAUCAUAGUAUUAGUAACUGUUAAAAAAUACUUCAAUUUAUAAUUAUGAUUAAUUUUUAAUGAAUAACAACUAUAUUUUGAAAUUAACAUUAUUUUUCAGAUAAUAAUUUUAAAAAAUUAUAGUGACAUCUGUUAGAGGACAUUUCACUGUAAUACCUAUAGACAUUUUAUUCCAUUAUACAGUCAUACUUAUUCAUCUAUAUACUUUUUACUUACUACAGUUAUUUAUAUGUUUAUAUAUUGGGUGUAACUGUAUUAUUUUACAUUUGUACAUAUAACUACAAUAUAAAAAUGUCAAAUAGUCCUGUUACAUCCUGUAUACAAGGCCGUGCUAAGAGAAGGGGAGGAAAGGAAAACUAUCCUAAGGCUCCAUAAAUUUAUGGGGCACCAAAUAUUCAUCAAAAAUUUGUCAUCAAGUGUAAACACUAAACAUAUGAUUAUUGCCUUAUAGUGUCAGUGGCAGUUAAUACAGUACUAUAUGCAUGUAGUUGUGCGAUAAUGAUUAACGAUUACAAAUAUGUAAUCAUGAUUAUUGAUUACUUUGAAAAAUGAUAAAAUGAUUAAUAAGUAAUGUAAUUUAAUAAAUUAAUCGUCAUUGAUUACGUUAAUUAAUUGAUUACACCCAACACUGAUUCCUAUGUUUACAGUUUGUGAACAAACUAUUAUUGUAGUUGCAUUAAUAUUUUAUUUAGAUUGGAAUAUUAUUAAUUAUUUAUUCAAUUUUCACUUUAAUUUAUAUAUUUUAUACUUAUCAGUAUUAAGUUUUAUUUAUUUUAUUAUUAUUAUGGCAUGGUUGUGCUUGAUUUUAAUUUUUGUUUUGUUUGGUUCUCCCUCCUAUGUGCAUGACUCAGCGCUUUCAGGUUCCCACUGAAGUACCUCGGAAGGAUCUGUUCUUCAAUGUGAUUACCAGUGGUAAUAACCGCACUUUGACUCUGGAGGGUGGUGGAGUAAAUGCUACUGUAGUUAUGGCUAACUUGGCUGCUACAAAUGGAAUUAUACACAUUAUUGACCAUAUAUUGGGUAUACCUUCAUCUACUAUCGACCGAAAACUGGCAACUGACCCUUCACUCAAGUAAGUAUUGAACUACCUUUAAUAGAAUAAUUGUCUUGUUAGACAUAUUAUAUUUUAUUCAAUAAUAUGUGUUAUUAUGAGUUACAAUUUUGUAUUUUUGUAUUUUUGUAGUUUUUUUUUUUUUUUUUUUUUUUGGUGAGGGGAAGUGAGGUGGUUAAUAUUAUUUAGCCUUGCAGCAGUCUAAAAUAUUUUGAUUACUGAGAAUUUGAUGAUUAUUGUUUUGCUUGCUAAACAAGCUCCCCCCCCCCCCCCCUUCUGACAUUGUAAUCAAAUAAAUGAUUAAAUCUUAUGUAAACAAUAUUUAUAUUUAUAAUAAUAGUUUGAAAUAUAAAAAAUGAAAAUAAAUAUGAAAUUUUGGGUUUGGUUAAGGGUAUGCAUAAUUAUAGAAAUAUUUUUGAAUUUUACAUUUUAAAUGAUUCAAAGAAAAAUGAAAGCCAUUGAUUUCUAUAGGUAGGUAAUUUCUUUAUUUUUGUAGAGAUUUGAUUUACGAUGGAUUCUUGUAUUCUUUUAGAUUUUAAAAGAUUUGCAUGUAUAAGCUGUUGAUGUCUUGUAGGUCUAACAGGCACACAAAUCUUAAACUUCUUAAUAAUGUUAGGGACGUUUCUCAAGUUAUUUAAAACUUUGUAAAAGAAAAUAAGAUUGCUAAUGGUUUUUUUGGUUUUUAAAGAAGAUACAGCAAUAUUCUGAUGGUUGCGGUUUGUAUCAAUUUGUUUAUAAAUCAUGAAUUUACAAAAAUGGUCUUGUACUUUUUCAUCAUUUGAAUGUCUACAUAGAACACAGGGUUCCAUAUAAUACUGGGGUAUUCUAAAUGAUAACACAUUAAUGAGGUGUAUAAUAUUUUGACUGAUGUAUAGUUGUAGUCAUUAGUAUGUAUUUUUACAAAACCAAACAUUUACUUUGCUUUAUUUAUAAUAUGACAUAUGUAUUUUUUUUAAAUAUAAUUUUAUAAGUAUCUAAGAUGACUCAAAUGUCUUUUAUUAAAUCUGUGUCUAUGAUACUUGUGUUAUUAACAUUAUAGUUAAAAUCAAACACAUACUGAUUAGAUUUUCCCAGGAAUUUCCCGGUGGACCUUUCUCAUGUAGGCCCCCUUGAUUCAUACACAUUUUCCAAUUUCCUUAAACAACCUAUUGUAACUUUAUGAUUUUUUAGGUAGGUAGGUAAAUAAGCUGGAUAGACUGGCAUUUGCAUAUUUAUGAUUUAUGUUUAUUAUAAGUGUGCCUUACUUAAAAAUUUCCCGGUAAAAAAAAUAGAACGCAGUACACAUCUGGUUAAAAUGGACAUACUGUAUUUUUUUUUUAAUGCAAUUUUUUUGCUUUUUGCUAGUUUCACUCCCAUAUCAUUCAUUUUACACCAAUUGGUAAACAUAUUAAUGUUGUGCUGAAGAACAGCUAUCAUCAAGAUUGUUUACAUACAUUAUAAUUUCAUAAUAUCAGCGUUUAAUUCUAUGUUAAAAUUCAAUGGUUUAAAGUAAUUUAUGUAAAGGGAAAAUAAAUAUGCUGAUAAAGUCCACCUUGAAGGCAUCCUGAUCUUGCAUGAAUGGGUUUAGAGAGCAUAUUAUUGAUCUCUACAUAAGUUCAUCUGUCGCUUCAGUAGGAUUUGAACCAAUUUAGUAUAUUGUCAUGUAAACCUAUAGAUUGAAGUUUUCGCAUAAGAAUAUGUGGUUAACUUGAUCAUGUGCUUUGCUUAAAUGAGUCUAUAUAAUGUCUACCUGUUUAUUUUUAAUAAAAACUUUAUUAAUAUUAUUGAGUGAUUUUAAAAUAUAUAUUAUAAUAAUAUUUUAUGAUUAAGGUAGGUAGUACAGUUUAAUAUUUUAAACACUAGUAAUAAUUCACUAUUAAUUUGCAGCGAGACCAACUAUCUCGGACAGGUAUCUGGACUCAACGAACAACUGAGCGAUGUGCAAAAGAGGUUCACUUAUUUUGUGCCCAGAGAUACUGCGUGGAAGAGGCUGUUAAAUGAUAAUCCAUUAGUAUACAAGAAAUUGUUUGAACCCGAGUAUGCAGCUGUAAGUAUAAUUAAACAGUUCUUUCAAUUUCUAGAGGUAUUUUUUUAUUAUCUGCAUUGUUUAUUCAAUUAAUUAAAUAAAUAUUUUAAACAUUGUGAUAUCAGAUUUUUAUUUUAUUUAUUUAUUUAUAUAAUAUUUUACUUAUGUAGGCUCGUCAAGUUUUGGAGCGUCAUUUAAUCAUUGCAGAGAAAGCAUACACAAUGGAAGAUUUCAAAAAUGAAGCUAAAAACAAUUAUAAUUUAUCUGUGAAAAUACCUACUGUGCGUGAUGCUUCGAUGUAUAUUAAAAUCAGAGAUGAUCCUGUUGAAGGUAUUUAUGUUUGCUUUAAUGAGUUUUGUUUUUAAAUAUUUAUAAUUUGUUUUUUAAUUCUAAAAAAUUAAUUUAUCCCUAUUGCCUAUAGUUCUUAUAGACUCUGUAAUGUUUUUUCAGUGUCUUCCAUCACUUUCUUCAUGAAUAAUGGUUUGUCCUAAGUCUUCUUCCUAUCUUUCCAUUAAUUUUCUUUUUAAUUAUUGUAAUUUUCCAAAUGUUAUUUGUUAUUAAAUAUUCAUAUUCUAUACUGACUAUAGCAAAUUUAUUUUUGAAAGAAAUCUCAUCCCUUAUGCUUUCUGUUCAUGCAAUCUCAGGGUUCUUUUCUUUUCAAUUUCAACACCAUAUUCAAUAGACUUCAUUUUAGGUUUUCUUGGUCUUAAGAAAUGUUGACAUUUCUUAUCUGUAUUACACAUCAAUUUUUUAAUAAAAGCUCUCUUAGUGUCUAAACUAAUUCCGUUUGCGGUUAAAAGGUUUCUUUUUUUUCCCAAUAGAAACUUGUUUUGAGUGUGCUAUUCUACUUCUUUUUAGUACACUUCUUUUAUCACUUGUGGCCUUGAUGACUAAAUAUUUAAAUCUAUAAAUUGUUAGAUGCAUCCUGGUAUUCUAGUUUUCCUAGUUAAUUUGUAGGUGGUGUGGUUUUAUUUGGUAUUUUAAUGAAAUUUAAUUUCAAUAAUUAUUUUUAAUUGUUUUAUUUUAGGUUUUUUGAUUGAAUGGCGAAACGAAUGGAUUCGUGUUCAUCGUGCGGACAUCCGUUGUACAAAUGGUUUAAUACAUGUGAUUGAUAAAGUUUUGGUUGAUGAAAAUGAUGUAGAUGUGAAUGCUGGUAUAGUUACCACAUCUGUUACCGUGUUGCUGUUGGUCUUUGCCCAAAGCUUCGUGUUUUAUUAUUUUAACUAGUCAAUUGUUCUCAACAAACAUCUUGUGUGUGGAUUACCCUAAAAUACGUUAAAUGGUCAGUCAUAAGUUUCCCAUCCAGUUGUUUUUAUUAUAUAUAUAUAUAUAUAUAUAUAUAUAUAUAAUAUAAUAUAAAAAUACAUACAUAGGCCCUGCCAAUAAGGUUAAGUUUUUAAAUAUAAUUAUUUUUCCUCAUACAAUACAAGCAUUUUAUCCAAUGAUAAUUAGAUUUCAUUUAAUUGUUUCACAAUUGUUUGUACACAAACAUACUAUGUUGUACGUUUUAAUUCAUAAAUUAUAUUACAGCUUUAUUAUUAUUAUUUUUUAAAUUAUUAUAAGCUUGUGGUUAAAAUUACUGUUAAAUACACACAAACAUUCUCUAACAGACACACACAAAUAUAUAUAUUUAUAUGGUGUGUGCAUAACACUAUGUAACUUAAUUUUUUCUUUAUAUUUGAUAAUCAAUUAUUCUUUUUUUCUAGUGGAUAGUAAUGUAGUUUGUUGGUUUGUGUUAUUCAUUAAAGAGAUUGAAAUUUGAUAACAUUUCAAAUGCAAUCAUUUUGCUUUUUUAAGUAGCACAUUAACUUUGUUCAUACAGAAGCAUCAGUUUGAUAUAAUCAAAUUAUCUACCCAUAACAACUAUUAAUAUAUUCUUUUAUGUAAUGAAUUCUUUUAUCUUCCUUUGAAAAUUAUUAUGUAUGAAUCUCAGUAUAAAAGGAUACGGCUAAUAGUCAAUGCGAUUUAUUAAAAUCAAAAGGACACACAUAGAUGAGCCUGACAGAAAUAUUGAGAAUUCAUAUAUUAAAAGUAUAUAUAUAUAUACAUUCUUUUUUUUAACCAAAAUAUUAAUUUGUAAAUACUAAACAUGGUAUGAUAGUAUUAAAUAAAUAAUUAUAUAAAUUAUGUAUGCCUUAUAAGAUAGUUCAAAGUAAAUAUUUUGUUAUUUGUUAAAUAUUAUUAAAAAAAAAAAAAAAAAAAAGACAAAAUUAGAUUUAUUAACAAUAAUGAAAACCCCAUAAGUUCAUCUUAAUCUUAUUCUAUUGACAUAUUAUUAUAAGUUAUAUAUUUAUACGUGUGUAAAUUAUAAUUUGAGAAUUAUUUAAUAGGUGAAUUAAUAUAUUAUAAUAGAAAAUAAUCUUGUUGAUUUUAUACACAAAGUUUACGAAAAUAUAUUAAUCUCGUCCUUUCAUAUAAUAAUAAUAAUAAUAAUAAUAUUAUAUUAUAAAUUAUAAUUUAUUACAACAAUAAUUAAUUAUUUAACCUAUAUUCAGUGAAAACUGACAAUACUAGUGUGUUGAUGCUUGGUGUCAAAUUAUAUUUAUUUUUUACUGUUCAAGUUGAAAUAUUGUAAAACA